AUGGCAGCUGAAGAAUUUGCUGUGAGCUCUGUUUUUAUAUUACAUCUGUCUUUUCCCUUGGCUUUGGGGUUAAUUUCCAUCUUGCUUCAGCUAGCAUGUAUAGCGGGGUGGGCGACCUGUGGCCCUUAGCCUUAUUUUAUGUGGUCCUUGACCGAAUUCAGAAGCCCUCUGCAAGUGGUCAGCUCAGACCUCGUGACAAGAGCCAUCUGUUCCUCCCUGACAGCUGCUGGGUAAAGAAGAAAAGUGAGAAAGAAAGUGUUGAAAAAGUGUCCAUUUUUAGUUCUAGCCUCACCAACAGCCAGUUUUGGUCCCACACACAAUUGAUGUGAGGUUCCUGACAAAUUGCCCCAAACAUUACCCACCUCUAACUUGGAUGCCUUGUGGAAAUGGAAAGGUACCUGAAUUCACACAAGAUGUACUCCCAAAUUUCCACCAAUUUACUCCUUCCAUUGAAGCUCAACACUCCAUCUCACUUUGUUCAAGAAUGUCUCCCAACAAUUGGCAGUGGCAUUUGAGCAUUUGCAGAGACGUGCAGUAAGGAAGAAGGGGUGGGAAAGCCAUUUUCUUUGGAAUCAAGGUAUUAUGAUUCAUGUAAGCAUUAUUACUGUGAUCUAAAUCAAAAGAACAACUUUGGUUGUUCUGUGCUCUAAUAACUAAUACCAUUAAAGCCAUAGUUAUUUACAAUUCAUACUUACCUGAUCCUUGUUUAGUUCUAUGCUUUCUUCUUGAUUCAGUCAGUUUGUGCAAUGGGAACAAUUGGUUGGGCAAAGGCCCAGUGGUAGAUCAGGCACUUUGCAUGCAAACGAUCUCUGGAAUCUUCAGGUAGAACUGGGAAACCUUGGAGAGCUGCUGCCGGUCAAUGAAGACUAUACUGAAUUAGGUUGACCAUUGACCCAACUCAGUAUAAGACAUUUUCACAUAUUUCUGUAAAUUAAGAACAGCUAACUGCAGCCCCAAACAAAUACUGCCAUAGAGAUUUGCUGCCACUAUUUCUUUUCAUAUUUGAUCACUUAUCAGCAUUACUAGGUUGAACCUAUUAACAAACUGCCUCACUCGCUGCCCCAAUAGCUGUCUUACUCAUUUCUUACACAAUGUGGUCUUCUUCUUCCUCUACAUGCAAGCUCCUUUUUCCUUCUAGUUCACUAUGGUGCUAUGUUUCAACUGGACAGAUACCAGCCGUGGGUAGUUUUCUAACUAGGUGCUAGUGGUGGGUAGGGCAAUAAGCAAAAGUGGCUGAAUACUGCUAAUUUUACCUUUGUACAGUAGGCUUCUUUCUACCUGCACACACACUGCCCUUCAUCCAGGAAAAGAAGAAGCAUUAUCAGUGUUCACUGACACAUUCCAGCCAGACAGAAAUGCCACGUAAGAAUGCAAGGCAGGGCCCACGGGGAGAAUGGCCUGAGAGAAGGAGUUGUGGCUGGAGAGGUGGCCAGAUAGAGAUGCCUGGGGCCUGAAGUUCCACACAAACACAUUCUCUACCUGUACUGUUUUGUAAUUGCAGGAAACAGGAUGUGGUGGUGUUAAUGUGUGGAUUACAAUUUCAGCUAUCUAUUUUAACAAAACUCAGCUCUAACUUUGCCUCAUUUCAAAAAAAUUUUUAAAAAAUGCUAUGAUAAUGUGCCACUGCAAUGUAUCCAAAAGGCCCUGUAGAUAAGUGCUGGGAGGGUGGGAAUACUCUCUUGAGUAAUUGUACAGUAUAAGCGCUAGUCACACUUUAACUCCUGCAAUGCAUUUCAGUAGCCUUGAGGAAAACUCUCUCCAGCGUUCAGGGUCAAACGAUAACAGGCCGGGCUAAAUGGAAGGGCUUCAGAGAUGCCUCACUUCUCCUUGUUCUUGCUGCAUCUGGCACACUUCCAGGCCUUUCCUGCUAACACCACAGAAAGCAGCAGCUGGUGACUAACAUUAGCAAAUAAGGCCUCAGGGCUGCCCAUAUUCGAGUUCUUCAUUCACCAACUGCUAUUCAGCAAAACAGCUGGAUCAGAAGCGAUACAGCCAAGAAGUAGUUAGAGUUUUAUGUGUACAACUGUUCAGAUAUAGAUUGUCUGCUAGAGGCAGAGAUAAUGAUAGCUUUCAAGGCUAAUAUGUUUGACUAGGAUGGAGCUGGUGUUUGAAAGAAGAGAUUAAAGUGCCAGUAACAAUCACAAAAUGUUUUUCAAGAUUCAAAUGUAAGCCAUUGGUUGACAGUAUACAUUGAUUUCCCCCUCUCCUCUUUCCUUUCCCCCUCCCCCUCCCUAAGUAUCAAUUCUACACAUGCCAGAAAUUUUAUUACACAAAUCUGUACAAAGUCUGUUAAAAGUGAUAAUUCAUAUUGCAGUGUUCCACAUUAAAAUGUUUGGGUGAAAAAUAAAACUACAGUGCAUGUUCUGGGACUUCUAGAUACAGCUGGCAUGAAUGUGUUGCAAUCCACGUGCAUGCCAAAAAAAAUAAAAUAAAGCAGAUCAAAACCUAAUCUCCAUAGCAUUUCAUAACCUAUAGUCAAGUCUUGAUGGAAAUAUUACAAUAUUAUAAUGAAUAUCCUACCUGUCGUCAAUAGUUAUAUGAUGAUCUCUAAGGGUUCUAUGAGAUGCAAGCAUGUCUGUGUCCAACCUAGUUCAGACAUAGUUGGAAGAAAUGUUUCCUGCUUGGAUGCUGAACCACAGUGAACCUCAGGCUCCCCAUUUCUCCCUCUUUAUUCCGUCUUCCUUCCCUCCUUCUUUCUUUCAGAUGACAUUUAAUGCUUUUGAUUUUAAACUAUCCACAUUUCCUCAUGAUGUUCAAACUUGGGGAACUGUGAUUUGCUAAAAUUAUGAGCUAAGAUCAAGCCAAGGUAAAAUCAUGGUUAUAGACCCUGGCUUGUUCUCAAUUCAAGUUUUAAACAAAGCUCACUUUCCCAAACUCAGACAUCAUAGGGAACUGUAGUUAGCCUCUGGUGCAUGAAUAAGCAGAGGGAUGUAAACAAGCCCAAAGCUCUCCAUGCUCAUUCUCAUGCAGGAAACGUGGCUCCUUCACAGCUAAACUGGGCCUCUGUUUUCAUAACCAAAUGUGUAAACUUCCUGGAAUUUAAAUGUUAUGAUAAAAUAUAAAUCUGAGAGAAAAUUUAAUUAUUUGCAAUAAUUAGUUUAUGAUUAGACUGACAUUACUACUUUCUGCUAUAUAUGUUGGGCAGACUUCCAGACUGUGCCUCUUCAUUAAAUAUCUAGAGCUGUUCUGUAUUGUGCAACACUUGAAAAUAAAUACAUUUACAAUUUCCAGUCUUGUAUCCUCAUAUAGUCAAAUACAGAAGCACUUCUAUCAUCACUUACAUCACCAAUUUGUUUACUUGGAUCUCCUAGAACUUCUAGGGUUGUGUCCAAUGCUGUGCCAGCAGAGUUUCACUGGUACAACAGGACUUGUUUCCUUUCUUCCCCUGCGUGCCCACAGAAUAUGCUCUGGAGGUGACAGGAGAGGAGGGCCUGCUGCGUGCUCAGAAGUCAGUUGUGCCAGCGAAUUACAGUAGGACAUUGUGGGAUAUCCAUGGACAAGUAUAUUUGUCUUCUGGAGAAGUAAAGCACUUCAUUGUCCAUUGAUUACUCCUCAUCUCAGCAAAUUUGGAUUCAUUGCUUGAAUUAAAAAAACAAAAUCAGAAGUCCAUUAAGGUUAAAAGCAGUGACCCAAAUAAUGCAAUGGAUUAAUUUGUUGGGUUCAGAACUUUAAAGCUCUUUGCAUUCAUUUAUGAUUAGUCAGUUCAGUGAUAGCAUUUCUGAAAUCAGAAUAGUUCCUCAGGCAGUUUGGGGUGUAUUAGAACUACAAUACCAUCUACCGAAGAAUUCUGCAGGCCUCAUAUUUAAACCCCAUUGAUUUAGGAAAAGUUAAGAUUUAAAUCUAAUUAUACAAUUGCAGCUCAUAAUUUUUCUGUGCUUGGAGUGUUUUUCAAGGCAUGAUACAUGAAGGGAUAUUCUUCACUGAAGUCAUUAGAAUUUCCUUAAGCACUGAGCUAUUAAACACUGUUGUUCUUAAAUGCUGCAAUGCUGUUUUAAAGGUUAAGCAAAAUAUUUUCAAACUCCUAAUGAGACAGAAUACUUUCAAUAGUGGUAUAAUAAUGAAACACUCUCACUUUACAAAUUCUCCUUUUUCUUUUAGAUGCAAGAAUUACGGAAUACAGAAGGAGCUCAGUAUAGUUCCCACCCCCAGAUAGCAGCCAUGAGACCAAGGGUUCAACCCGGAGAUAUGAGGCAGCCUGGAAUGCUGCAACAUGGUCAGCUGACAACCAUUAACCAGUCACAACUAAGUGCUCAGCUUGGUUUGAACAUGGGUGGAAACAAUGUUCCACAUAACUCCCCAUCUCCUCCUGGAAGCAAGUCUGCGACUCCUUCACCAUCCAGUUCAGUUCAUGAAGAUGAAGGAGAUGAUACUUCAAAGGUAUGACUAGCAACAUACUUUUGUUUUUCAAGGUUUGCAACCAGCAGAACACCACAGUGUAAGCGGUUCUAUAGUAAAUAUUUCAUUCAGUUGUAUGAUAUUGUUUAGAAAUUAUUUCCAUCAAAACAGCAUAUUUCUGAAAUGCGCUAACAAGAAAGAUGAGGUUCAAGUCGGGAGUAAGAAGUAUGGCAGGAGAGUUGUUCAGCAAGAAAGAAUUCUAGAUUUUUCUUACAAUGUGUUUGUUUUAAUGAAUGAGAGCAUGGGGACAUGUUGACAGAAGCAGAAGAGGACAGGAGAAUAGCACAGAAAGGGAAUGUGAAUUUAUGCAAACAAUAUGUAGUGAUGGCCACCAGCUCAGGGGCGAAUGAAGGCAUCAUGACACUUGGGGCGGGGCGUCACUACGUAGGUCAUAUGUGCAGCGUUGCUACGUGCUGGGAUCCUCUGCUCGCGGCUGCAGCCGCUAACUGAGGAUUCUCUACAUGCGGCUGUAGUGGUGACAGAGGGAUCCCACUGCUGUCCGUACAGCGCUGGAGCGGCGCCGCCAGCAAACCGCUAUGUACAGCGCAUGCGCUGCGUCGUUACGUACAGCAGAUGUGUUUAACACCACACAUGUACUAUACAUAGUGGUUUGCCACUGGCACCGGGAUCCUCUGCUUGCAGCUCUAGCUGCAAACGGAGGAUCCCCCACAUGCAGUUGUGGCGGCGUGAGGAGCUUCCUGUAGCCAAUCAGAAGCCGCACUUUGGUUUUCAAAUGUUUUGAAAGUCAAACGGACUUCCAGAACGGAUUCCAUUCAACUUCCAAGGUAUGACUGUAGUACUAUUAUUACCUGAUUAGCUUAAGUUGUUAAACCACAACUCAAACAACAAAAUAGUAUUUUUACGGAAAAAUUAAAUUUCACAGAGAGAGAGAGAGACUCAAAUGUUGAUAAUUAUGGAAAGCUGGAUACAAGCCCACUUUUGUCCAAAUUUCCCUUUUUGGGGAUUUUCCCUAGAAGCACAGUCCUUAGAAGAAAGUAUUCUGCUGCAUUCAUUUUUGUUAGUGAUGAAUGAAGCUUUAGGACUUAGCAAUAACUAGAAUUUUGCAGUUGCCACUUCUCUGUACCUUUGAGAUUAUUUAAUGUAACUUUUCCCAUUUUCUUCACAUUUAUUUUGACCACUUAAAUGUUCUGAAUGAGUACUGCCUUCCAGUUAAAUGUAACAAUUCAUCCUAUUGGUUCAUUAAACAUGUAUAUUUCUGGUGCAGUGGUACCUCGGGUUACAGACGCCUCAGGUCACAGACUCCGCUAACACAGAAAUAGUACCUCGGGUUAAGAACUUUGCUUCAGGAUGAGAACAGAAAUCAUGCAGUGGCAGCAGCGGGAGGCUCCAUUAGCUAAAGUGCUGCUUCAGGUUAAGAACAGUUUCAGGUUAAGAACGGACCUCCAGAAGGAAUUAAGUUCUUAACCCGAGGUACCACUGUAUUGCUAUUUAUAAUUGUGACACAUUAGAUGCUUUGUAUGAUCACAAAUCCGUAUUCCUAACUAGACAGAUGACUGUGUGUUGCAUGGUUGUUUGAAUUUCACUUAUGAAAGGAUUUCAUGGAAUUUAGAGAACAGAGAGUAAUGAGAGGACUGUAAACAGCAAAUGUUAACUAACUGAAACAUGAUCACUAAAGUACUACUGCAGCCUAUUCUGUUUAUGUAGCAGAAGCUUUACCAUUUUUACUUUAUAUGGUAAGUUAUAAGUAGAAUUUUAUGUUGUUUGUUCAGUCUAUUAUGCAGAUGGUACUUGAUUAAAAUCUAUUUUAAACUAUGGUGAUUACUGCGAGAUAGUGUGAACGAAACAGCUCUCUUACUGCCAUUAAAGGCCUUGGAACUAUUGCAGUUUAUUUUAAAUAUGCUUAUAGGCGUUCCUUAACUUCUCAGGGGACAUUUAGAUAUCAACAAUGUGCCUUAUUUGAUAGUCUUAAAUCCUCUACUAUAUAUCCUUGUGAUCUAUUAUUUGUGCAACAUGGUUAAUACACACAUUUUUAAAGUGAGAGACUAUUGCUUUCUUGUGAUAAAUAAGUUAAAUACAUCACUAUAAUUAAGCAAUAAGGCCUGACAGGAGGUGGAUUACCAUGAGCUAACUACACCUCUAGGGAUUUUGAAGCACAAGUCUAUGCUUAGCAGAAUAAGUAUGAGGAUUUUUUUUAAUUAUUUCCCAUCUGUCUCUGUUUUGGUGGUUAGCAGAAAAGUCUGUGUAACUGCUAGAUGCUUGUAAGCAUAAGGUAGAACAUCAUCCCCAUUAUUUUCAAGGUUAUUAGUUGUGGAAUUCUUUUUAAUUUCCACGUUAUAAAAAGAAAAAAGAAAAGAAAGAAGAGAAUUUCCUCGAGGAAUAUUCACUCUGCAGCGUGGUAGAGAAACAAGUCAAAGCCAAUGGAUCAUUUAAACUCCUUCAGAGAUGUUCAAUUUGCCAAAUAACCGUUUCCAUAGUUAACCUUUUGUGAACAUUAAAAGUUACUCACAAGGCUAAGCAGUGAGUUAUAACUGUACCCAAAUAUGUAAGAUUUUAUUUAGAUGCUUUUGAAAAAUUUGAAUUUCCCCUUAGUGCUCUAUUUCUGGCAUGAUAAUGCAUUGCCGUGUGAACACGACCACUCCAGCAGGGGAAAUGCUUUGGAGUUGUACAUGGGAAGAUGGAAGCCUGACAAUUGUGAAAGCACUCUAGUGCUUAGGUAUUUAGGGAACAAUCCCAACUCGCUUCAGUGGGGCAACAACUACAUCAUCAAUGCUGCUUCCCACAGUCUGCUAGGGGCAGACAGUCUAUGGAAUCUUCUACCCCAAGGUGUAGUAAUGGCCACCAAUUUGGAUUGACCAAAAGAAUUACGACAAAUUCAUGGAAGAUAAAGCUGUCAGUGACAACUAGGUAAGGUGGCUAUGUUCUACCUGCACUCUGGAUGGCAGCAUGCCUCUGAAUAGCAGUUGCUGGUGAGCACAAGUGCAGAGAGUGCUGUUGCACUCACGACCUGCUUAUGGUGCUUCCUAUGGACAUCUGUUUGGCCACUGUAAGAACAGGAUGUUGGAUCAGAUGAGCCUUUGGCAACAGGUUUCUUAUGUUCUUAUGAGUCUAAGGGCUGAAAAAGACCAUAUGUUUGGGUGCUUGCCCAGGCCAAAACCUUCCAGCAGGUGAAAAGCUGCCACAUCAGAUAGAUUGUUAGGCUUGCAUAUUUUCCACUACAAUGCUGCUAUUAGACCAGAAACAGCUAUUACAUAAGUAAUCAAUUUGCGGCAUAAGAUGGAUGAUUUAAACAACAAAAUUUAAGCUGAAUGAGCCUUGCUCUUUUUCCUGAGGUUUCUCCCACUUUUUGGUAAUGGUAGGCAAACAGAUUUGGUUUAAGAAUCCAUAUUGUGCAUGCAGCUUGAUUACUUCCAUUUCAUUCCCCCUCUGAUGCAAGCAGGCAAACAAACCAGGAAAGGGGGGGGGGGGCGCUUAGUCCAAACUCAGGAUCAUGACUUGUUUCUAUCUAGUCAUGAUCGCCCACCAAAAUUAACUCAUAUUUGUUGACAGUUUGUGGUUAUUGGUUUUAGACAGCAACAAACCACAAUCCCAGGUUUACAUAUGAUGCCUCCCCCAGUGUGAAGCAAACUGGAAGCAACAAAACUGUGUGCCCCAGCUUCUUAGCUUACAGUUCACUGGGCCUGUGUAAUAUUGGCCACAGUGACAACCAUUUUAAGACUGCAACCAUUGCAGACUUUAUGGUCUAAGCCAGCUUUUUGCUUGCUUGCUGGCUGGCUGGCUGGCUGGCUUGCUUGCUUUGUCUCUCUUCCCCACUCCCCUUCGACCCCACACAUUGCUUUCCUUAAUAUCCAGUCUGAUGAAAUGUUUUUGGAAAACUCGAAAGCUUCUCACUAAACCUUUGAUAUUUGAAGAUCUGAAGAAGAAUUAUAUGGAAGAUUUUCCCUAUUUGUCAGCAACACCAUCUUUAUACUUGCUCUCUGAUUCUUUCUUGGCUUCAGUGGGAGUGGCAUUUAGAACAUAAAUAACAUUGUGCUUCUAAAUGAAUUGUUGGAAUUAUCUUACCCCAGCACCAGUAUCAAAGUUUUAAUAAAGCUGUUUUCUCUUCUCUUGUCUGGCAACUGAACCUCUAGGGAAAAGCACAAUAGACAUUUGACCUUGAAAGGCAAAGUGAUAAAAAAAUGAUACCCCUGGCCAUACAGUUAUGUUGAUCAGCAGCCACAUAAUAGAGAUUCUUUUAAGUAUCCAACUUCAGAUACUGUUACACAAACAAGAUUUCAAAAAUAGUAUCAUGGUUUUCGAUACAGCUGAAUUGCAAUCAUACAAUUCAUGUCCAAUCCCAUCCCUAUUAAAUCAGGAGGAAGACACAUUGAUUCUUAUGGUUUUUUUUAAAGCAUGCAUACAAUUGCUGCCAGUACUAAAGAGGGAGGGAAGAAAUCUCCAUCAGAGAGAAUGUAACUUUUACUGCACAUGGAUUGCCCCAGUGGUUGAACUAUAAGCCAGUGUAUAAUGUGUUAUGAAACACUUUGCAGUGAUGUCAUGCCAUUAGCAGUAAGACUUGAAAAAGAUGAAAAGCUAAGCCAGAACUUAGAUGCAGCAAUGAAAUGAAAGCAAACUGUAAAUGUAUAAUAAAAUUAUGAAAAUAAGAUUACAUAACCAAAAAUACCUAAAAUGCAUUUUAUAGAUGAAAUCAUGUAAGAUGCCAACAAUUUGGAUUAUGAAAAGCACUCUAAUUAAAAUACAAUUUCCAGCAGAACCCCAGAUGCAUAUUGGUUGAGAAAUGGGGAUUUAGUUUGCUCUACGAUCGUGAUAGUUUGUAUUGUAAUAUAGUCUUUGCUUUCUUUGCAGAUCAAUGGGGGAGAAAAAAGACCUGCCUCCGAUAUGGGAAAGAAGCCCAAAACUCCCAAAAAGAAGAAGAAGAAGGACCCUAAUGAGCCACAGAAACCUGUUUCUGCCUAUGCAUUAUUUUUCCGAGAUACUCAAGCUGCCAUCAAAGGCCAAAACCCAAAUGCUACCUUUGGCGAAGUUUCUAAAAUUGUUGCUUCCAUGUGGGAUGGCUUGGGAGAAGAACAAAAACAGGUACAGCAAUACACAUAUACAUAUAUUAAGUUGAUUUAACUUUACAUUAGAAAUGGGUCUAUUGGCUACUGUGUUUCUUUGAUUCCAAAGAGAAUCAAUGUGCCACAUCAGAAUAUGAGCCACAAAAGGAAAACUUGCUAGAGGAAAACUGGAUCAGCUGCAUUAGCAUCCUUGCCUAUAUCUUGACAGUGUUGUUGUGAUUGCACGAGCUCUGGGCCUAGAUUCAACUGCUGUUAUAUUAGGAGACUUUUGGCACAGAUAUGACCAAACAGCUGCAAUUUUGGUGCUCAUCCCAGGCACAUUCCACCUUAGAAGUUGAUUCUGAUCUGUUGAUCUUUUCAGGACUUGCCUCUUCUAGCCUAUCCUUCUUUGCUGGUUUGAAAAUUCCCGUGGGAUCAUACCAAAGGAGUUCCUUCCAUAUGACUGGCCGUGCACUUUGCUCUUUUAUAGGAGAGCCUGUAUUUCCUUUUAGUCAGUGCCAGUCAUCCAUCAAAGGAAGCCCUUCCCAGUAAUAUCUGAUAUUUUUCUGGCUCCAGCAGAAUAUGAUUGCUGUAGCACACUGAUGUGCAAAGUGUUAUUCUGUUUUUAACAUAUCUAUAUGUUGUGUGCCUGGGCCCUUGUCAGCAGAAGAGAAGUAAUAGGCGCCCAUGAUACACAUGCAGUCCCAUUCCAGACAGCGUUUGGAAUGGCUAUUGUUUGAGAAAAUUGCAUUUCCCAAAUGACAAUGUGUUUCUGUUUAAGUGGUAGGAAAGUGUGAUUUCCUCAUCACAAAAGAAGCCUUUAAGAAAAGAUAUCUGGAUUACUUUGCAGUAACUGUGAAAUUAUUGUAUAAUAAAAAGAUGUCUAGAAGGGCCCAGGCCAUGUCUUGGGCUUGAAAGAAUUAGCAGCUACCUUUGUAAUGCAGCCCUUCUGUGGAAAAGAGAAGUGAAAGUCUGUGAUUUCAGAUGUGUGUGGGGAGGGUAUUAUUUUAACACAAAUGCAAAAAGGAACUCUCAGCACUUCUUUAUAUUCCUCCUGAUUAUCUCUUCCAACCACUUUGGGACUUUCUUCAAGUAAAUGGUGAGGGAAAACUAUAAAUGAGACCUGUGAAAUCAAAUGAUAAGGAAUACAACAAUUUUUAGACUCCUAAUACCAUUUUUUUUAAAAAAAAAUAGAAACAGUAUCUUCCAUAUACAGAAGAAAAAUGCAUUUCUUGACCACAUGUCUGCUAUUUAGCUAUUCCCUCUGCACUGUUGCUGCUGGUUCUGCUUGCAUUUUGACACAGUCUAAAAUUUUAGUCGAGUUUUGCUGUGUACUGUGUGGCUUAUUUGUUGUUUUAAGCUGAAUGGAACAUGACUGACUUGAGGCUGCAUGGUGAAGGGCAGGCUAUAAAUGAUUUUAAAUGUUUCCAUGAGCCCCAGCCAGCAUGACCCAUCCCAGCCAGGGAUGAUAGGAGCUGUAAUCCAGCACCACUCAUAGGGCCACAGGUUCCUCACAACUUCAUAAUGCAACAGGAGAAGGUCCCUGUUACCAUUCACAGAAAGAAUUAAUUCCCCUCCACUACCACCACCAUACAAUGCUGCCCCAUCCUCAGGCCAUGGCUAUAUCCCACCUUAGUUCCCCUAGGGGGAGGUAACAGAGAUCUUGCAAUCUGAAAAGACAGAAGGUAUUGGAAGCCCAAGAACUACUAGGAAUACACUCCCCUCCACCCCUUAAAAAAACAACCCUUCUCCUGUCCCAUUAUAGGGAAUUCACAACAAGAAGCCAGUCAGCUGAGAUGAACAAAUUUGUCCCUUGUUUAGAAUUUACACAGAAAUGGUUGCAUACAAUUAUUUUCUUUUGAGUAUUUGCCAGACAUGUUACAUUAAUUGACGGAAACAUCCAGGGGUUUCUCAUUUUCCAGCUGUGUUUAUUUGACUAGCAUAUGGGAGCAUGCAAAUUAUUAAAGGAAAGCUGUGUUAAUCACUUGGCUUUGGCAGUUUCUCUUUGUGAAUUGCAGAGAAACCAAUGUGUAUUCCAUUAAAGAACACGUAGUACAGCCAUCUGAAAAGUUGCUACCUAUUGUCAUGUAAGUCUUAAACCUUCAAGCCUAAUUCAAGUCAGUGACCACUUUGGCAUUAUCUUCAACAAAACAAGAUUUUGCCCUAGGAAUCUGUCGGGAAAGGUUAUUCUUCUUAGCCAUCAUUAUUAUUUAUGUGUGGCUUAUAAGGACAACUAAAUUGGCUAGUGGGCCAAACACUGGGGCAAUGGAUAGCUUGUCCAGGUGCAUUAAGGAAGGAUCCCCCCCCCUUCAAUACUCUAAUGUAUACAGCAAUGUCUAUUGCUUGAAGUAACAUGCUGGUUUGAACGGACUAUUUGUCCAUUUCAAUGCAGGAUUUUUCCUAUAAUAUGUGAAUAUAUUAUAUUUCAGCAUCAUGUGAGUGGCUGCUUGCUUCAGGCUUCUAAAGUACAUGCUGUGUUCAGACUAAAGCUCAGGAGCAAAAUAAAUUGUGGCUUCCUUAAUAUCCCACCCUCUUCUCCCAAGGCCAGCAUUAAAAUGAUAGAAUCAUGGAACUUCAAGAAGCCUCAAAAACUUUUCCAGAAAUAUAUUUUCCUUCGGAAAAGACAAUCUGUCAAGACCAAGAUGUGAGUGGCCUUUGUAUAUCCUUGCUGGAUGUAGAAUCUGGGAAGAAUCUUAUAUCAUUUAAGCAUGGAAUAUACAAAGUUGAUCAGCAGUAUUUUUGUUAAUGGGCCAGUCUAGGAUUGAACAAAUGGGGCACUGCAGGUCCUUUGGAUGGGCUUUCAUAUGGCAAUAAUUACUUUUCACCGCAAUCCAUGUUUUGGUCCUGUCCAGGCUAGACUACUGCAAAGUGCUCUACUUGGAGGCUGCCUUUGAAGGAGGUUCAGAAACUUCAGCUGGUUCAGAAUGUAGCUGCCUGACUACUAUUAGACAACUUUAUUAUAUCAGCUGCACUAGUUACCAGUGGGUUUCCGAACCAAUUCCAUGGGUUUUGACCUUUAAGGGCCUAAGCUGUUUCCCUGCAAGCUGUUUAUUUGACUGCCUGCACUCAUAUUUCCUUGUCCACGUCUUAUGAUCUGUUUUGUAGACUUUCCUGCUGUGCCCAUUCCCAUGGUCAGUAAAGUGGGUGGCCACAAGAGAAAGGUCCAUUUCUGUGGUGGUACCAUGACUAUGGUAUUUCUUCUUAUUGGACCUGCACCAAAUCUCUAGGCUGCUGGCUUUUCUGAAGGCCCUGAAAAGGAAUCUUUUCCAACUGCCCUUCCAGGCAUGAUGUUUGUUAGCUGAGUGACAGUCUGACAAUUAUGUUCUCCCCUGUUCUGUAUUUUUUAAACUCAAGUGUUGAUUUACAGUGUUUUAAAUUUUCUAUGGCUUUUAAUCUUUUGUUUUAUCUAUACCCUGGUUUGGACAGGCAAGCUGCCUAAAGAUACUUUAAAUGAAUAAAAUAAAAUAAAAACUUCCCGCAUUAUUUGUGAAAGAAAUAUUGCUUGCAACUCUUAUGGUGUUAGCAUCUUCCAUGUACAUCUCUGAGCAAGACAAGACUGGCUUAGGUCAUCUUGCUACCACUUUAUCCCUAUAUUUCUUUUCAGCUGUGCCUUCAAAUAUUUACGACAUGGGUACUAAGCUCUGCCACUGAAUCUUUUAGCCACUUGUGGUUUGGUUUUAGGAAUGUUGCCCUCUGUUCCCCCUCCACAUCACUUGGCGUGCCCCUUUGGUUUCUUUGUAAGUAAACUUACACUGGCCAUUUUUCUCUGCUCAUGCAAAACAUGCACGUGGCAAUUAAGAGUUAAAAGUAUUGUGAUAAAUGGAGCUUUCCUUGGCUUUCAGACAGAAAUCUGAGUUAAAAGGCAGUGUAGGUAAUUUUUCUUCCCCAUUCUGGGAGUCUAAGAAAAAAACCAACAACUUAAAUCCAAACCAGAUGUAAAUGUAAAAUGAAACUUAAAUUUCUAAUUGGAGACCCAGUGAAGCUAUAAUAGAAUGAACAAAUUACAAACAAAAUGUUCUUGUUUACAUUAAUAUAACUGACUUCAUGGCUUCAGCCAAAAGAGCUCAGUAAAACAUGCCAUUAUGCUAAAAAUGGAACGGCAUGGCCGCUCCAAAGUGUGCUGCGCAAAGUUCACCUCUUAUUUGUAAUGCCACUGUUGUCAGUUGAGUCAAAGCAGGAAUGGCCUGGUCCCAAUAUAUGUGCAUUUGCACGUGUAUGUUUAUUUAAACCUUGUACUUGGACCUUGUAGGAGGAAGACCAGUCUAUGUUCCUAGGGACCCACUGCUUAAUGAUCAGAUAAGACAUGCCAGGGAACUGUUGGAGUGCUGUAACAUAUGCUUUCUUACAGGCUGCAUAAUUUGUUCUCAGUAAUAUUAGCUGCAACAGUUCAGCUCAAUAGCAACACCUCAUUAUUUUAUCCCUCAGUAUUUAUUCCUAUGUUUGACGCCUCAUGAAAUUACUGUUAAUGUGUUUAUAUAAGGGCAGAUCUGACACAAGUGGGAAGGAUUUAAUUUCCCACUCAGUCUUUCCUGCUGAUAUGUCCUCUUUCCCCCUGGUAGAAGUGGCAAGUGUAAAUAGUUAAUUUGCUUCAAUUAUGAGCCUGUCCUGCUAAAUUAGAAGCAGCAGGGAUAUGAAGAGCUAGAAUUAUACUUCUGAGGCAGCUGACAAAUCCUCUGAGCCCACAAAAUCAAAUCAUUUACUCCUCGCUGGUGUUCAAACACCCACUAGACAAAUGCUGCAGCUUAUUCUGUAUCAUUGGAUGAAACUCAGAUUUUAUCCUGCCAAUACUUAAGGAAAUCAAAAGCAUUUUGAUGAUACUGUCAACGUUGGUGUUGCUGUCGGCUUCUUCUUUGCCAAAACGGAAAGCUUACAAGGGUUUGAAACAUGGCUACUAAACAUUUCUCAUAUUGCGUAAACACAUGCAACCUGAAAACAUGCUCAUAUUGAUGGAUUAAGGAGUACAGGAAUGCACCUUUAGUUGAAACAAGUAUAAUGGGGGGGGGGGUAAACCCCAUUCAUUAUUUUUCUAUAUAUUAUUCUAUAUUUUGUAACAAUGACAACCUGUUGAGUCAAUGACUUGAAAUUUGUCAUAUGGUUUUCCUGAUGAGGUCUAUGAAUGUGCCAAAUUUUCAAAGUGGCCGGAGGUACAGCAAGUGCUGAAAAUAGAUGCUUUGACCUUCUGGUGGAGGCUAUAUGUAAUGCUUACUCCUUUCGUUAUGGGAUAUGACAGUGUGGUGCGUUGGUUAGAUGUGGGGUCACCAAUCUCUGGGCACAAACAACCUGUUCCCUGCCUCACAACACCUGUCUCUGCAGCCCCGCUCCCACACAUGCAGGCAAAUAGCACAUAUAGCAGAAUUUUUAAACACUAUUUUAAAAUAGUUUUUAAUAUUUUAAUAUAUUAUUAAUCUGUUGUAUUUUAUAGUAUUCUUUAAAAUUUUAAUAUAUUUAAUCCAUUUCCUUUUUAAAUACCAUGCAAAGUCAAUUAUAAAAAAACGCCUUAUGGUUUAUGACCAGAGCUAAGGCUACCUUGUGUUGGAUCAAGCUCUCCAAAGCCAGCUACUGAUGUUCAGACAUAGAUAAGUUCACAGGGCGAUUCCUCUAGCAAUACAGUUAAGGCUGAGACAGCAAAACAGGACCAAGAAAACUGUGUGAGUUAUCAUCCUCUAAUCAUCUGGAUUGAGCCUGAAAGACCAAGGAAAGAUAUUGGUGUGCAGAGCCUAAGUUGUAAGCAAAACCAUUUAAGAAUACCAGUGUCAUAAUACUAAAAGCCUAAGAACCAGCACCAAAAUAAACUACAGUAAAGCAUAGUGUUAGUAAAAACCAGCCAGACACGUGACACAGCAGUCAUAGUUUUAACUAUGAAUAUUCAUUUCCAGGACAUUUAUGCAUUUUUUUAUUCAUCAUCAACACAUUUAAUUAUUAUUUUUAUUGCUCAUAGAAUGAAAGCAUUGUAUCUUCUCACACACUCACACAGGAAAUAAGAAUGAGUUGUGUCCAAACAUUGUGUGAAUUGAAAUCUGUUUGUGUGAUAUGUUUUCUCACUCCCUCCCAGGCCAGCAUACCCCAGCCCUGAAAAGUCUUGCUUCCCUCUUGUCCAUACAUCAGGAAGGGCCUGGCAUGAGAGGUUGCAGUGGGAAGAGGCAAUCACAGAAAAGUGGGCAAGAGGAAGCUGUAUCAUUUGUUUAUAUUUUGUUUCAAUAAGACCUCUUUCUGAUAAAAUAGUUUAAUAAACCACUUUUUUAAAACGGCAUUCAUUUAGAUACAAAAACAGCCAUACUGCUUUACUUUAGACAUUUGGUUUCUUCAUUGAUUUCUACUCCUUUGGAUGCAACUGUGCUUAAUGAACUGCAACCCAAGUAGCUUGAUAAAAUAUGUCAACUGAUGGUGAGAUACUAGCAUAUUUACCUAAAUAGGAACACUGAAGUCUAUGCAAACUAAGUUUGUUCCCACUGAGUCCUGUGUGAUGUUCCCAAUAAUUUCUGUGGGAGUCAGAUUUCAACAUCUACAAGAGGAUUCAUAGACUGAAAAUUAUCAGCAAUUUUGCACAAUUACAUUUGAGAUUUGUUUUCAUAUUUCUUUCAAAUGUCUAUCAAAAUACAGUUAACUCCACUUGUAAUAAGUUUCCAUGAAAGAUGACACAUUUAAGUUUAGGGAAGUUUUUAAUGUUUAAUGCUGUAUUGUGUUUUUAAUAUUCAUUUGGGAGCCGCCCAGAGUGUCUGGGGAAACCCAGCCAGAUGGGUAGGGUAUAAAUAAUAAAUUAUUAUUAUAAGCAUGUUAUGUUUAGGCUGUCUGAAACUUCCUACACCCCAACACCAUUGAUGCAAAAUCCUGGUGCUAUGCUGAUUCUUGCUAUGAAGUAAUGUGUUUAUUAAAAUGAGCAUUUAUCUCCUUUUUAAAAUUAUGUAUUGACUUCUUAAUAUGUUCCUUCAAUACACAGCAAGUAUAAUAUUUAGCCUCAAUACCUUCUAGUUUAUUGAUCAUAAUAUAUCCAAUAUAGAGUGUAUUAAUUAUCUACAUAAGUCUCAAGAUUGAGCAAGAUUGCCAGCCUGGAUCUAAACAUUGCCUUGAUGGGACACUGCCUGGAAACUCUAGCCUAUGGAAACUCUUCAGUUCCAUAAACUGAGUGGAGCCCAGUUCAUUGAAUGGGCUUUCUUACCCCAAAUGUCUCCCUUUCCUUUGCAGCCCCAUGAAAAUCCACUCUUAGCACUUGGACAACCCUCAAGAAUGCCAUGGCAUGAGGGGCUGCUAUCUGUCUUUGAAAGCUUGCCAAACCCUCUGAAUUUGAAUGUAGUAGCAGAGUAAGAGGUUACAAGAAAGAUAGUAUUGUCCUGGAUGACUUUCCUUAAACACAGUCUCUGUAUUUAAGAAGCCCCAAAGUCAUGUUGUUGCCUGAGUAAGAGCCAAAUUGUCCUAUUAAAUUUCUGUGUUGAAUAGACGUGUGGAGAAUUCAGCUCUUUGUGAGACUGCUGUGCAAUUUCUCCAUCAAUCACCAUCAGGUUCAUUAGUCAACUCACAUUUAAGGCACCACCACUGACUCUACUUUUAGUAGCUUCACCGAGUGCAGUAAGCAUGGUUAAAUUGUAUGAACCAAUAAGUGAAACGUGAUUUGUCUUAACAUACUUACCAUGGACAUCAAUUGAAUUUUUUUAAAGUUUCUUGCAGCUUAAUUUCCCAUGAGAGUCCUGGUGAGAUCCCAUGGAGAAGAGUCCUGCCUUCAUAUUCCAUUUCACCAGGCCCUAAUUCUAGGGUUCACCAUAAUGAGGCUUAAAAAUAAUAAUCCAAAGCUUAUUGUGGUUCGGGAGCGGAGGUGUAUCAGCAGAGGGUUGCAGCUGGGUGUUAACCCUUCCCUUUUCAGCUAUAUCCCCUUAAAAUGUCUCUCUGCUGCUGCAGUGCGGCUUGAAAAAGCUUUCCAUUGGCUCCAGUUGAAAGCUUCCCUGCCUGCGCCCCCCUCCCCCAUAUUCUUGAAGAUUAAAGAUGGGAAGGAUGAAUUCUUCCUCCGUAGCUGAACUUUCCAGAAUAAUUAAACACACACACAAAAUUAGGCUUGGGGGGUCAGGGAAACAAAAGUAAAGGUUUUUUUAUUUUUAAAAAAUCAUAUUCAUGGGAGGGGCAGCAGAUAAUGUGUGAGCCUGUGAUUAUAGUAUACAGUCAUACCUUGGGUUAAAUGUGCUUCAGGUUGAGCGCUUUCGGGUUGCGCUCCAUGGCAACCCAGAAGUAACGGAGUGCAUUACUUACGGGUUUCGCCGCUCAUGCAUGCACAGACACUCAAAAUGACGUCGCGCACAUGCACGGAAGCGGCAAAAUGUGACCCGUGCACACACGGAUGCGCCUUCGCAUCUUACGUUCCAUUCAGGAUGCGAACGGGGCUCCGGAACGGAUCCCAUUCGCAUCCCAAGGUACCACUGUAUAUAGUUGCAGUGCAUGUGGUUAUGGUUUUUAUGUAGUGCCCAGCUUAUCCCAAAAAUAGAAUUUGUUGUUGUUGUUGUUGUUUAGUCGUUUAGUCAUAUCCGACUCUUCGUGACCCCAUGGAGCAGAGCACGCCAGGCAGUUCUGUCUUCCACUGCCUCCCGCAGUGAUUGUUAGGAUUUGAGAUCUAAAUAGAAUAUAGAUAUAGAAUAUAGAUCUCAAAUAUAGAAUAUGGAUCUCAAAUCCUAACAAUCAAUGACACUAAUGGGAAACCUGUGGCCCUUCAGAUGUUGCUGGGCUACCACUCCCAUCACCCCUGACCAUUGACCAUGUCGGCUAGAGCUGAUGGGAGUUAAGAGUGCAACAAAAUUUGGAGGAGCACAGGUUCCACUUCCCUGAUUUAAGAGUGUUAGCCCAAAGCUACAUAACAAAAUUUCUCCACAAAAACCACUCAGAGAAAGGUCAGGAGGGAGAGAGAGAGAUUUGAAGCCUUCCAGAAAACCUGAGUAGUUGUAGUGAAGAACUACAAGAUUCAACAGAUUUUCCUUCAUGUUGAGAAAUGAUUUUACACCCCCCCCAAAAAAAAACUCCCAAUCCUUCCCACUUGCAGCAUGUGGAAUGACUAGGAGCUACAUUUUAUGUUAGUUAAAAUUAGUAGUACAGUAGUAGUAGUAGUAGUUAGUCGUUUUAUCUUGCCCAAGGCAACCCAAAGUGACUUGCAACUAAAUAUUAAAAGCAAAACAUCUAGCCUAGCACAUAAAAAGAAGCAGCACAAAUAACUUAUGUAUUCACUUUCAUGCUUCUGAGUAAUAUGAUAAACAAAAACAGGAGGCUGCUUGAACUCCAUAUGUAGUAAGAGAAGAACAACAAGUGUUUAGGUUGCCCUUAACUAGUUGUCUUUCCAAUUCUCUAUUUUUUACAACACUAAUGGGCCAUGGUUGUGCUUUGUUGUUGUUUAGUCGUUUAGUCAUGUCCGACUCUUCGUGACCCCAUGGACCAGAGCACGCCAGGCACUCCUGUCUAUCGAUGUGCUUACUCUCUCUAAACGUGGAAGGAGGCAUUCUCACAAUGAUAAAAUGCAGUUUUGAAUAUUAUCUCUCACCUACAAGUCUUUUAAUCUACAAUUUAUACCUAAAGGGCUGUAAUAUUUGGCAUCUGCAAAAAGAAUAUGGGUGGAACACACUGUCUUUCGUAAGUAUUUUAUGUGCUGCAAUUGCCACCCAUCUUGUGUCUCCAGCUGCCUGCAGUCUAUAGGGCAUGCUGAGGCUGGCGCAAAAGGUGAAGAUCUGGCUUUUGCUGCCAACAGACUGCAUUCCCAUUCAGACUUGUGUUCUAGUCAAUAUUGGUUGUACAUACCAAACCUUUAAUGGGCCUAUACAGCCAACCACUUCCCACCUACAGCUCAGACAUAACACUAGAAAUUCUUCAAUUCACCUUUACCCGGGUGCUUGAAAAUGGCCUAGUAAGCCCUAAACGCAGUUGAUUCUACUGUUGUAUCCAUGGAUAACAUGGUUUAGCCUGCCAAGAGGAACUAUGCUCCAGAGGGAAUUGUUUGGGGAGGGUUAAGGUGAAUUGGUGGGGACGCGGGUGGCGCUAUGGGUUAAACCACAGAACCUAGGACUUGCCAAUCAGAAGGUCAGCGGUUCGAAUCCCCGCGACAGGGUGAGCUCCCGUUGCUCGGUCCCUGCUCCUGCCAACCUAGCAGUUCAAAAGCACGUCAAAGUGCAAGUAGAUAAAUAGGUACCGCUCUGGCGGGAAGGUAAACAGUGUUUCCGUGCGCUGCUCUGGUUCGCCAGAAGCGGCUUAGUCAUGCUGGCCACAUGACCUGGAAGCUGUACGCUGGCUCCCUCGGCCAAUAAAGCGAGAUGAGCGCCGCAACCCCAGAGUCAGUCAUGACUGGACCUAAUGGUCAGGGGUCCCUUUACCUUUACCUUAAGGUAAAUUGGAUUAAAUCAGAACAGUGUGAAUCGUGAUUCAAACUACUAGUGAUCUAAAUCUUCUGGUUCAUAUAUUUCCUCAGCAACUUUAACAGCUAAUUGGUUGUUACACUAGUUAAAGCACCCAAGUUUAUAUUUGAAUUGAGCCUUUUCAGAACGUAAUCCAAAAAUUUUAACUAUUCAUUUCUAACUUCUAACAUUCAUUUUUGCUGUACAGAUUUGAGGUUUGAUCCAGGCUAAAUUAGCUGAAAUCAAUGGGGAAAGUUGUAAUUCCCAUUGAAACUAGUUGGAUCUAGUUCAUCUAACUUAGUAUGUAUCUGUCCAUCAUAGUUGCUUAAAGACAAGAAAGCACUUGUGAAAUCAAUUAUUUGUUUAAGGACACCGUAUAAGGACACUAAGCAAGAUCUAGCUAAUGCAAUGAGGUAGGAUAGACCACGAGUCACAAAGUACUUCUCUGCACAGCUCAUAAUUAAUUUUCUUCCAGAAGAUGAAGUAAUGGCCACCAAACUAAGCUGCUUUCAAACUGGGCUACGUGAUGUGACAGCUGUAUAUUACCAUCAGCAUUAGAGGCAAUAUGCCUCUGCGUACCAGUUGCAGGGAAACUGCAGUUGCAAAGCAAUACAGAGCUCAUAUCCUGCUGUUGGGCUUUCCAUAAGUAUCUGAGUGGCCAUUGUGGGAAAUGGGAUGGUGGACUAGAUCAGCCUUUGGUCUUCUCGUGUCUUUAUGUUUUAUUAAUGCUUGCAGUACAUGGAUAUAGCUAAAUGGAGACGGCUUCCCCAGUCUUAAUUUCUAAUGCAGUUACUGUCAGGCCCCUGAUACCCAACAGUUUUUUUUUUAAACUUCCUUCAAUUCAAAACCACACGGAAGUACAAUCAAAACUGAACUCUGCAUAGUCAAUAGCCCUUUAUUGUGAAUGUUGGCACCCGUAUCAAAAUAAAAUGUGUGGUAAAAUGUGAGUUUUCACAUGAUAUUUGAAUCUUGGGACUUGAGCCUACCAUGUGUCUACAGGAUUAUUCCACUUUAGUCAUAAUAUUUUCCUGUCACGGUUGUCCUGUUUAAACUAUAAGACUAAGACUAGUUUUAUUGCACCACAAUCUUAAAAGAAACCCAGAAGGUGCUUAGAAAUGCUUAGCACCUAAGACUGUGCAUGACUGGAUAGGGGAAAUGGCACUAUGUUUGUAUGAUAGGGUGCCAUAAUCAUGCUUGCAUAAAAAGCUCUAUAGAAAUACCAUUAAUUGGACUUACAAAAUGAGAAAUGCCAGGAAUAAAUCUCCGUGAUCUUUUAUUCUUAUUGGGCUCUAUUUUUUGUUUUGAAAAUGAAAUAACACAAUUAUGCAGAUGUAUUCAAACAGAGAGUGCAAUUUGCAUUCUUGCCUCUUCUUUCAGGUCAGGCAAAUUUAAUUUUAGCUGCUGGGGAGGGGAAAAACCUGUCAGCUAACGGGUGUUUCAUUUCCUUGAAACAAACAAUACGUUUUAGCAAUAACCACAAACAAUCAACUCAGAAACGCAACUUGUUAUAAAUCCUUUCUGAAACAAAAUGAGCUCAGCUUUGUAAUCUGAAGAAAUUGCAAAAGAAUGCACACAUGCCGUUGCACAGCUAGAACCAAUCUAUUAUAUUUAUUCCUCUCUCGAUAUUUACAGCUUUAGUAUCCUAGGAUGCCUGUUUCUCCAUUAUGAUCUUAUGUUUCCCUGGGAUGCAAAAUCUUUAAUCCUUUUAAGCAACCUCUGGGUUUUCCCAGCAGAGAUCAGAGGGACCUGCAUGCUCUUGAAAACACAGCUUUGAUGGAAUAAAAUAAAGCACAUUUCAUAGGAAUAAUGUGGCACCACUUCACAAAUAAUUUUGCAGUUUAGAAAUCUACUUAGGAGUAUGUAUGUGUUCUUCUUCUUUGGUGAUCAGUUGUAGCCAAGUAAGAUUGUCUUCCAUGAACACGGUCUUAACAGUGAGUCUGUAAGUGACUGCAGAAGCGAAUUCUGGAUCCACAUAUCCUUUCACAGUAGAGGCAUAGGCUUCCAGAUGGGAGUUGAUCAUGGUGAGGGUUUGCCAAACGUGCCUUUGUCUUAGCACGUUUCUCCUUUUCAUCCUGAGUUUGAGCAUUUUCAAAAUCCAUGACACCUUUUGUAAAGGCUGUUCUCCAAUUGGAGUGCUCACAGGCCAGUGUUUCCCAAUUGUCAGUGCUUAUACUACAUUUUUUAAGAUUUGCAUUGAGAGAGUCUUUGUUGACCACCAGCAUUACAGUUUCCAUUUUUAAGUUCGGAAUAGAGUAGUUGCUUUGGAAGACGAUAAUCAGGCAUCUGAACAACAUGACCAGUCUAAUGAAGUUGUUGAAGAAUCAUUGCUUCAACACUGGUGAUCUUUGCAUCUUCCAGUACACUGGCAUUAGUUUGCUUGUCUUCCCAAGUGAUAUGUUAAAUUUUUCGGAGACACCGUUGAUGGAAUCUUUCGAGGAGUUGGAGAUGGCAUUUAUAAGUGCUCCAUGUUUCACAAGCAUAUAGUAAGGUUGGUAGUACAAUAGCUUUGUAAACAAACAUUUUGGUUUCCUGUGAAUGUCCCAGUCCUCAAACACUCUAUACUUCAAUUGAGAGAAAGCUGCAUUCGCAGAGCUCAGGCGAUGCUGGAUUUUGGCAUCAUUGUCGGCCCUUGUGUGAAGAUAACUGCCCAGGUAGGAGAAAUGAUCGACACUUUCCAACGUUACACCAGUGAGUUGGAUUUGUGGCGCUGCAGAGCAGUUGUUUUGUGCUUGUUGGUGCAGCACUUUGGUUUGGGGGAUGUUGAGAGAUAGGCCAAAGCUUUUCAUAAGCUUCUGCGAAUAUAUUUAGGAUGGUUUGGAGGUCUUCCUUUGAGUGUUCACACACUACGUUGUCAUCAGCAUACUGAAAUUCUAUGAUGGAAGUUAUAGUAACCUUACUCUUUGCUUUCAGCCUACUCAGAUUAAAGAGCUUUCCAUCUGUUUGAUUUCUAGUCUGGUGGGGAAUUUUCCUUCUACAAAAUUUAGGAUCAUGGCAAUAAAUAGAGUUGGGGCGAUAACACAACACUGUUUAACACCUGAUCCCACUGUGAAUGGUUUGCUUUGAGAGCCAUCUUCGAUUGUUGCUGUCAUAUUAUAAUGGAGGAGCUGAAGGAUGUUCACAAAUUUAUCUGGGCAGCCAAAUUUCAGAAGGAGAGUCCACAGGGCAUUACAAUUUAGUGUUGAGGGCCCUAGUCAGGUCAAUAAACAUCAUAUACAGGGGUUGGUUUUGCUCUCUGCAUUUUUCUUGUAGCUGUCGAGUGGUGAAAAUCAUGUCCACUGUUCCCCCUAGAAGGUUGAAAACCAUUUUGGGAUUCAGGAAGCAUAGCCUCAGAUAUUGUUAGAAGAUAGUUUGCUAAGAUCCUUGCCAGAAUUUUGCUUGCUGCAGCUAAUAAAUAGAUGCCUCAAUAGUUUCCACAAUCUGUUCUAUCACCUUUCUAAAAAAAGAAAUUGAUAAUUUUUGCAUUCCUAAAGUCUGCUGGGAUCUCCCAGAUUUUUUUGACGAGCUUGUGAAGUUGUUGUGUAUGUUUAAUUCUGCCCUCUUCGGCAGGCAUCCCAUCAGGUCCACUGGCUUUGUUGUUUUUCAUUGGUUAAUAGCUGUACACGACUCUCCCAGAUCUGGAGAUUGUUGGUUUCUAUUUCCUUCACUGAGCAGCAACUGCAGUCACAAGACAGGUGUUUACAUUCCACAGUCUGUACUGUUGGAGUUUCUCACGGGAAAGGGAGACUGGAUGUGAUGUACACUGGUUUCCUGUUUUUCACUGUGAUUCUCUCCGAGCUGUCGAGGAGAGAGGAUGCAUUUCUCUGCUCCUGCAGAGGCAAGAUGUCUUUCUGUAAUAUACCAGCUUUGAACUGUAAAUAAAGCAAUAUAGAGUAUGGAGCACGUAUCCUCAUCCUUCCGCUGGGCACGACAGACUCUGCUUUAAAUCAACACGUGGUUAUGGGCCCAGAGGUCGAAUCGGAGUGCCGGCAAAGGAUCGGAAUGCAGAGGGACGGAUCGGAAAGGAAUCUGCUCUGCGCGUAGAAGUGAUUGAUGAGGUAUGUGCUACUGCUCCGGGCAGCCUGCCAGCUUCAAGUUAAUGGCUUUAUGGCUGGACUUUGAACUUUUAAAGCCGGUUUUGCCGGGAAUAGGCAAAAGGCUCCCAGGCACAAGUCACUAUGCUGGGGAAAUCGAAAGUAACUUUUAAGUGUGCCUUUGGAUAAGGCAGCUGCAGCAGUGACGCAGCAAGAUUUAAAGCAGCAUAUGACGCUGAAGGCUAAUGCCAGAGUCAUGAUGGCCCUUCAGGAUGCUUGUGGGAUUCCUAAGCUCAACAAGAAAAAUUACAGCGACUGGGUUCAGUAUGCAGAGGCAAUUCUGCGGAAAGAGGGUUUGUUUGAGGUGAUUACAGAAACCCGCAGUUCCAGUUACAGAUGCAUGGAAAGCUAAGGAUUCCAAAGCAAGGGGAACUCUUACAUUGAUAGUAUCCCCAGAAGAGCUCUGUCUAUUGCGUGAUAAGACCUCAGCCAGAGAAAUUUGGGACGCUCUGAGAGAGGCUCACUUAAGGACAGAAGCUGGGUCCACUAUGUUUUACUUUAACAAGCUGCAUAAUAUGGCUCUUGCUGAAGGUGGAGAUGUGCGUUUACAUCUGAUGCAGAUGCAAAAUCUGAGACAUGAGCUGCAACAGAGAGGACUCAACUUUCCAGAGGCUGUGUAUUCUUUCAUGAUACUACAAUCUUUGGGUUCAGGUUGGGAGUCUGUUGCAACCCAGAUUGCUGUGCAACCAACUGCUCAGCUGACAGUGGACUUUGUUACUGCCGUGAUUUUAAAUGAAGCAGAUCGCCGGGGUGCUAGCUGCAUGGGCAAGGGGAGUCUUCACAGACGUCAUCCCAUAGUGCAGUGGAACCACCAGAUGGCGCCAAAGCUUUGAAGGCAGUGAAAUGCUACUCGUGUGGACGUCUAGGCCAUAUGAAGAGGAAUGCAGACAUCCCAGGGCCAAGACAGAGCAGCGCAGCGAAGCUCAUCGCGCGGAAAAGGCCGAGGCAAAGGCAAAGGUCCGGUGUCUAGGACAACGCAGCACAAGGCUAUGGUUUCACGCUUCACUCCAAAGGUUGCAGAGGUCCAGAAGACGUCUAGAUCUUUCUUCGUUGUUGAUUCAGCGGCCACCCACCACAUGUGCAACGAUAAGAAACUGUUUGUGUCUUUUACACCGCAGGAAGGUGCGAUUCACCAGGCGGAUGACCACACUAUUCCCAGUAAAGGCUACGGAACUGUUGUUCUUCACAGUUUGGACUUAUCGAUACAGAAUGUGCUUUACGUGCCAGACGCCAAACAUAAUCUGCUCAGCGUUGGACAGCUGAAUGAGCGGAACAUUGACGUUUCCUUCAAGAACAAGAAGUGCAUCAUCACAAAGAAAAAUGAUUAUGUAUUGCAUGCAGAAUAUGUUGAUCGUUUGUUUGUUUUGUAUUAUGAUGAUGUGGUGCAGGAUGACACUUGUUGCAUUGCAGGUUCUAACAAAAGUUUGCAUGCAGAAUGUAUUCACGAUUUUCAUCGAAAAUUUGGUCAUUUGCAUUUUGAGGCAGUAUCUAAAAUGCCUGCCUUGGUUGAAGGUAUGACUAUUAAACCCUGCAGGUACCACAUGAAGUGCAAAGCAUGCGCAGCAAACAAGGUCAAAAUGGCUGCGAAAGGUAAGGUGUCUAGUAGGAAAGCUACAGAACCAUACCAGGUUGUUCAUGCUGAUUUGGUUGGACCACUAUCGCCCUCUUUGGGUGGAAAUAGAUACUUCAUGGUUCUCAUUGAUGCAUUUUCUAGAUAUAUUUUUGUGUACAAUCUCAAGCAGAAAUCGGAGGCUUUUCCUAGGUUCAAGGAAUUCUGUGCUUGGUUGGAAAAUGUGCAUGGUAAGAAGAUAAAGACUCUUUUCAGUGAUCGCGGGGGAAUUCACUUCUCAGCAGUUUGAAGCUUUUCUGACUGAGAAAGGAAUUCAACACGAUUUGUCUAGUCCUCGCUCGCCAUGGCAGAAUGGACUUGCGGAACGGGCAAAUCAGACAUUGCUUCAAGGGUUAAAAACCUUGCUGCAUGAUGCCAAUCUUCCAGAGAGUUAUUGGGCCGAAUCUCUCUCGUGUUUUGUUUACAGUUACAAUCGCAGGCUAUCUUCAGCGAUUGGUUGUACCCCCUAUGAGAAGAUGUUUGGCAAGAAGCCAUACAUCAAACACAUGAAGAUUUUGGUUCUGACAUGUGGGUUCGCUCACCACAAAACUCCAAGUUAGACAAGCGUGGAUUGCAUGGUAUCUUUCUAGGUUAUCAGAAAGGGUCUUACAGAAUAAUGAUGACUGACUCUAAGACAAUUAAGCUCACGAGAAGUGUUGAGUACAAUGCAAAGUGGGGGAGAAUGUGGGAAUUUUCCAAUGUUAUCCUGAUGACGGUGAUGAGACUGAGGAUAGUCAAAAGCAACCACAACAACCCACACCCACUGAUGAAGGUUCUGAGUCUGAAUCUGAAACUGAAUCGGGUGAUUCAGAGGAUUUCAAGAGUGCGAAAGCCUCUAUGCGACCCUCUGAAAGCUCUGAUCAAGAAUUGGAGGAACCAUUGUUCACAAUAGGUCGUUUUUCUCCUAAGAAGGAAGAGGAGAGUGUUGAAGACUUAAGGAUAAUUCGUAGGUCACAGAGAGCCACAAAGGCAAACCUCCAAAGAGAUUUGCUGAUGAGUUUGCUACGAUAGCAGUAACAGCUGUUAAAAGCUCCAAGAAGGUAUUUGAACCUUCAAGUUUCCAAGAAAUCCAGGGUUUGGAUUCAAAGGAAGCUGAGCCAUGGUUAAAUGCCAUGAAGGCUGAGCUUGAUUCCUUAGAAAGGAACAAAACAUGGGAGCUAGUUCCAGUAGUUCCAGGAAUGAAACUGCUUGGAAGCAAAUGGGUCUUCAAAGCGAAGACAGAUCAAAAUGGCAAGAUAGUCAGACACAAAGCCAGAUUGGUAGCCAGAGGUUUUGCACAGGUACCAGGUGAAGACUAUCACGAGACCUAUUCACCCACAGUGAGAUAUGAAAGCAUUAGGCUUAUGCUUAAGCUAGCUGCAGAGGAAAAUCUACACAUUAGUCACCAUGAUAUUAAUACAGCUUUUCUGUACGGAUCUCUAGAUGAAUCACUUUAUAUGCUUCCACCUGAUGGCGUACAGGUAAAACAGGGAUUUGUUUGUGCUCUGAAGAAAUCCCUUUAUGGUCUCAAACAAAGUGCACGGUGUUGGCACACAAAACUCACUGAAGUAUUGUUUUCUCUAGGUUUUCAGCAAGGGAAAGCUGAUCCAUGUGUAUUUGUCAAAGAGGAGGGGCAAAAGAAACUGUACUGUUUGUUUUAUGUUGAUGAUUUAUUAUUCUUUUGGAAAGAUGUUGCAAUGUACAAUAACGCCCUAGCUCAACUGAAAGAGCACUUUGACAUGAAAGAUCUUGGUGAGGUAAACAACUACCUAUCUCUGGAAAUAGAGAGAGAUCAAGAUGGUAACAUUCUAGUACACCAGUCACGGAAAAUUGCUGAUGUGUUAAGCAAACUAAAUCUGAUGGAUGCUAACACUGUAGACACACCGAUGACAACAGGUUAUCAGUUAGAUGACACUGAAGAAGCAUUUUCUGACACUACACUGUACAGGAGUGUGCUAGGCAAGCUAAACUUCAUUGCCAGAUGUUCAAGACCAGACAUUGCUGUUAGCUGUAAUUUGCUAAGCAGACAAGUCAACAAUCCUAGUGUCAAGGAUUGGAAAGCUCUGAAACGCAUAGCGCGGUAUUUGAAAGGCACUAUGCAUUACAGACUGAGAUUUAACAAUCAGAAGUCUGGUGGUCUUGAGAUAUUUGCAGAUGCAAGUUUUGGAAGUGACGCUACAGACAGGAAAAGUACGUCUGGAGUUUGCUAUAUGUACAAUCAGAGUCUGUUUGAUUGGUCAUGCAAGAAGCAAACAACAGUUAGCUUAAGUACUUGUGAAGCUGAACUGAAUGCACUGUCUUAUUCACUUAAGGAUUGUGAAUGGUUAGUACAAUUGUGCAAAGAUAUGAAAAUUCCUGUCAAAUGUCCAAUCCAGGUUUACCAGGACAACAAAGCAUGUUUGGCUUUGCUGAAGUCUGAAGGUUGUAAGCAAAGCACAAAGCACUUGCAAUUAAAGUUGCAGCAUGCUAGGGAAUGUAUUCAGAAGGGACUCGUAACGGUGUCCUAUAUGCCAGGUAAUGAAAUUCCUGCUGAUGUAUUGUCCAAGAUUGUAUCGAGGGAUCAACACUGUACCUAUGUGCAGAAGUUGGGUUUGUACUGAUAUUGUGCAAACACGCUGCCCAGUGAUGUUCACAGAAAGGGGAGGAUGUUGGUUUCUAUUUCCUUCACUGAGCAGCAACUGCAGUCACAAGACAGGUGUUUACAUUCCACAGUCUGUACUGUUGGAGUUUCUCACGGGAAAGGGAGACUGGAUGUGACGUACACUGGUUUCCUGUUUUUCACUGUGAUUCUCUCCGAGCUGUCGAGGAGAGAGGAUGCAUUUCUCUGCUCCUGCAGAGGCAAGAUGUCUUUCUGUAAUAUACCAGCUUUGAACUGUAAAUAAAGCAAUAUAGAGUAUGGAGCACGUAUCCUCAUCCUUCCGCUGGGCACGACAGACUCUGCUUUAAAUCAACAGAGAUACUGCAAGCUCAUCUCUAAUUUGUUUUUGCGGAAUUUGUGAGAAGACUUCAGCAGCUAUGGGGGAAUUGCAGUUAAGGAGAUGCUGUUAAUGUUCUUUCCAGCUCGUGCAAUAGCUUAUCUUUUAGAAGUGUGGUACCAUCUGUUGAGGAUAGGGGGCAAAUGCCAUGAUUUAUUGACCCAUAGAUGGUCUUUGUUGCUUUAAAGAAACUCUGUGCGUCAUGAGUGCCUGCUAAGUGCUGGAUCUCUUGAGGUUUUUUUAUCCACCAGGUGUUCUUUAGUUCUCUGGCUCUGUGUAUGCCCAUGUAGCUCGGUAAGAAUCUGUGCAUAAAUGGUAAUAUUAGUAGAAAUAGUAAAUAUUAAUAAUAAUUAAUAGUUCACUCUAUUUCUGACAUUCAGAGGUGAAUGUUCUUAUAUAUCCAAAAUGGCAAUACAGUGGUACCUUGGGUUAAGAACUUAAUUCGUUCUGGAGGUCCGUUCUUAACCUGAAACUGUUCUUAACCUGAGGUACCACUUUAGCUAAUGGGGCCUCCUGCUGCCACUGCGCCGCCGUCGUGCGAUUUAUGUUCUCAUCCUGAAGCAAGGUUCUUAACCCGAGGUACUAUUUCUGGGUUAGCGGAGUCUGUAACCUGAAGUGUCUAUAACCUGAAGCGUCUGUAACCUGAGGUACCAUUAUAUCCCUACACAAUAUGGAGUUUCUGAGAAACACAAACAUUUACAAAAGUACAAUAAAAAGCUUAUUGGCCAUAGAAUGCUGACUGUCUAUUGUGGAAGAAAAACAGGAAUGUAUGGGAGAAGGAGUGGAAUGGAGUCUGGUGGAGGGCAUUGCUGGCUGGCUGAAUCACUGAUCGGGAGCUCUGUACACUGCAACGGUUUGUUGUAGGUCCUACAUGUUGAUAAUGCCAAUAAAUGAAAAUCAACCAGGAGAUAGCCAUGACUAAGUUCCAACAUAAAAUGGCACAGAUAACUUCAGUAUUACGAUUUGCAAGUUUGUAAUUAGAUUGGAGAUGUUUCUCAUUCUGACAUUAGCAGCUCCUAUUGCUAUUUUUAUAAGAUAGGUGACUUAUGAUGCAAAAUAGCUACCAUAGAUCAACAGACAUGGCUUCCUUAUUACAUGAGUGCAGUACCCACUCUGUGGAGAUGAGUGAGUACCUCAGGUGAUAAUCUUACCACUUUUUAAUUAGCAUCUCAAAAUGGCCACGCAAAUUAUUUCUUAGGGCAGCUAGUUCUGUUCUGACUUGAUCUUUCUGACAGUUGAAAGAAGAAGGUGCAGAGACAUGGUGAACUUUGCCCUCUUUGCCUUUGCAAGUCAACAUGUCAUACCCAAUCUCAUUGGAUGGAAUCCAGACCAAGCUGGUUACACAUUAGUCCCCUUGAGAUCAAUAGGACUUCAUUUAGUCAUGACUAAUCUGUCCCAGAAAUUUAUGUAGGACUAAAUGUGUGGUUAAAUGUGGUCAGGAUCUGACUUGUUUAAUUUAGGUCAGCCCAAGAGAGGUUCUUUCAUAAAGACCACCAUAUAGUAAUUGCUGGAAAUACUUCACUGUGGCAGGUUAUAUGGCCAUAUACCAGUGCCAGCCACUGCCAGGAAUCUGUGGCAUGAAAACAUACAUGCUCCAAGUGAUCAGAGUGAACUGUAGGUCAGCCCAAGUGACUCUUGCCACUCCACAGAGCCCCUCCCAUGCAGGAAACAUUUCAAGGAGCUUCUACAAGAUGACAGUAACAUAAAAUCGGAGUUUGAGUAAACCAAACUAAUCCUAAUUGCAUAUUACUAUUCUUACUGCAUUUAUUCAUCAUUUACAAUAUAAAAUGUCUCAAGGCGAACUACAAAAGCAUACAUAAUACAGAAUGUAAUAUACAUCAAAAAUAUAUGAGAACAUUAUGUUCAUCCUAAUGUAAUAAAAGAUUCUCAAAAUAUAGUAGCUUUGAUCAACCACAUUUAAAAAAAACAAUUAUUCACUCUCCAUUCAUUUUUUAGCUUUAUUUUUUAAUUGGAUUAUGGUGUUUUUGUCAUGUGGAUAGUGUUGAGCAUUGUUUUUCACAUUUCAACUGCUAUCUUGCUUGCUUAGUUAACAAGCAAAAGUUUGCAAGGUAAAAAAGAUAAAGAGAAUAGGGAAGUUUGCUGCUGUUGUGUAAAUAUUGCAGGUUAUGAUAUUUUAAUUUAUAGCCCAACAAGCCUAGUUGCUGAUUUGCCACUCUUCCUUCUUUUUCAGGUGUAUAAAAAGAAAACUGAAGCUGCAAAGAAGGAAUAUCUGAAGCAGUUAGCUGCAUACAGAGCAAGCCUUGUAUCCAAGGUAACAUGUUUUUAAUAUUUAAUAUUGAAAGUCACCCUGAUAAGUUGUUUUUUUAAUGGCCGGGUGUAAACCUUAAUAAUAAAUAAAUAGGCAUUGGAUGGAUUAUAGGUGUUCCAGCCAUAUUUUUUUAUUGUCCAGCUGCUUAAUAUGUAAACAACAAUUAUUGCUUCUCUAAGCUUUUAAGUUAAUUCUGGGAAUUGCUGCUUAAUACAAACAGCUGUUUGUUUAUGCUAGAUGGCAACCCCUAUCCCCCUUUCAUUUCCAUAGCUUAGAGGCAUGAGCAGGACCGCAAAUGAAAUAUAAAAUUGACUAUUGAUAAAUCUUACGUCUGCCAAUGGAAAGUUGGACCGCAACCAGUAACUGGCUGUUUUGAUUUCCAGUAGUUUGCGUGUACUUGUACAACAUGAUCACCACCUUGUAGGUGACAAAUGGACUAGUUGUACAUGGCAUGGGCUUGGAUUAGUGCCUUGUACUAAUGGAAAAGCCACUUUUGAAAAGGCAAGGUAGCUUCUCCACCCUUCAGUUUCUGCCAAUACCUUCCUCCUGCUGCAUCCCUCUGCGCCUUUUCCAAUGCUGUUCCAAAGGGUUCCUUGACCUUCAGGAGUCGGGGUGCAGAGGGUAUAUAGAGAAGGAUUGGUGUACAAGAGAAGCUGUGUUUCCAGUUUGGAUCGAAUCCAUUUUUCUCCUCUCUCUCUCUCUUUUUCUCUCCCCCCCCCCCAAUAAAUGUACCUAUAUGUUAUCCUUUAUCUAUGUAACCCAUUGUAAGCAUCUGUAUGCUGGGGCAGCAAGUCUUAACAACAUAUUUGAAAGUCCUAUAUAUUCAACUACAGUGGCUUGAAAUGAGAAGUGUUUUCAUGCUGAUGAGUCUAAAAUUUGAUAUUUCAAUACUCUAGAUUUAUUUUAUUUUAUUUGUUAGGAUUACCAGUUGCCAAAAGGUGACCACUGUUCACUUGGAAUUGAUGAUACAAAUGUACAUUAGUCUCCAUUAAAUAUAUUACAAUGUUUGCUAGAGCUUUUCUCAAAGCCUAUUCUCCACUCCUGUCUUAGAAUUAUUGAAAUUAAUGGGGCUACAGUCAAGCUGUUUGAUGUGUGUGGAAAUAAAUAUAUAAAGUAAAAAAUCACAUUACAAAGCUUUUUUUAUAAUGCUAUUCAGAUUGUGAUAUUAUUUAUAAUACUGACUAAGCUUUUGCAUUGCCCUUAGUUGCAACUUUUACUACUUUUGCUAGUAGUUUGUAUAGCAAAUUGUAUAGCCUUAUUUAAAAUGCUGUGAAUUGCAAUUUUGAAUGUUAAAAAACAAGCACUUUUAUUGCUUAACAUGGCAUUUUUGUGUUCAAGCUGAUAGUAGAUCUGUUAGUUUACCUGUUGAGUCGAUAUUUAUAAAGUAUUUUAUGGAGGCAGCUCUAGAAGCUUAGGAUAUAAAACAUGCCUUAUUUUAUUUCAAAAGAUAUAAUGUGCUAUUUAGAUCAAACUGGGGCCCCUUCUACAUGCAAUCAAAUAUAGUAUCUAACAUGUAACAUUCAUUUCAUGAACGAUUUAGGCAUUACGCCUCCUCCUUUGGAGAACAGCUACAUUUGUUAGGGGGCUACUUUGGGACUCAGGUGCAGGAUGUUGAGUCCACACUCCAACUGGCAUCAAGACUCUUUUAAAAAUAUUAUAAUCUGUUUAUUCAAAUAUUUACAUAAGAGUCUACAUAUAUUAUUAUGAAUAAAAGAAAAUAGAUAUAUGAGAUGAUCCAAGAUAUAAACAGGUAAAAAUAUAACUCAACCAGUGUUUAUAAAAGCAUGUAUGUAGAUAAUUUCAUUCCUUGUAAAACCCUAUCAUUAUUCAAAUCUGCAGACACAUAAAAAUCCCCAUUGAAACCUGAAUAAAGGGUAUUAUCAUAACAGUAUUUAGAUAGCUAAAAAUAUAAGCAAAUAUUACUAUAUGUCCUCUAAAAAAUAUGAAUUAAUUAAGUCUUGCACUUUGUUAUUAUGAUUGCCCUUUUGCCAGAGCUGCCUGCCUGUCCAUGUCUACAAGUCUGAUAUCCCAGGACUUGGCACAGAUAUUUUAAACACUUUACAAAUAUUAGACUGUCUUUGAAAGACAUAGAACAAAUAAACCAGACAGGUCUUUCUUUCCAAAUUUAGUAACAAGUUUCACUUUCUGAACCACUGAAGUCUUUCCCCUUAAGCUGGUAAAACCUUUCAGCUUUCAAACAAACGUCCUCACACCAUCACUGAUGCUGCACUUCCAAUGCCUGGGUCCCAGCAUCCUUAAUCUGUCACUUCCCAGCUCUGGUACUCUGGAUUCUUGGCCCCAUCUCCUCUCUACCAUCACCACUCCCUGCUUUUUCUCCAGCCCUCCAUUGCUGGCUGCAGCCUAAAGAGGCAGGGGUCUAGGAUCAUAGAGGGGUCAUCUCGUCCAACUUCCUCAGAGAACAAUUAACCUCCAACCCAACCAGGCAGGCUGGUAAUUCUAUCUCUAGCCCAGGCUUCCUCAACCUCAGCCCUCAAGAUGUUUUGGGCCUACAACUCCCAUGAUCCCUAGCUAGCAGGACCAGUGGUCAGGGAUGACGGGAAUUGUAGUCUCAAAACAUCUGGAGGGCUGAGGUUGAGGAAUCCUGAUCUAGCCCCUGAGACUCUGCCCAGGCCAAGCUGCACUCUUCACUGAGCCUCACCUGUUUCCUCUUCUAGUGUUUUUAUGUGGCUAGAAUGUGAUAAUUACUCUUGCUUGCCUGUAUGGAGAGUGGAGUGUGUCUGACCACACAUAGUUUGCCACACCCACCACAAGUGCAUGCCUCCACCCCACCAAUAAGGUUGCAUUUGAGGGAAUGCAGUUCUAAGGCUGAAGAAGGUUCCCCACCCUAGUGGGGUACAUAACACCAGAACAGUGGAACAAUGCUAUUAGUCAAUCCCCACUCAGUUUAAGAGAGCUUUAGAGAACGUUAAAACCCUUCACAUUGAGAAAGAAAAUGACUCCCCCUCAGUAGGGUCCAACAUUUCUUUUAUGCCACCAUAAUAAUAAUAAUAAUAAUAAAAGAGAGAGCUACAUUUUAAAUCUAUUGCCUUGUGUUUGGGUUUUCUAUGUGCAAGUGGAGUAGUAUAUCACAUUGGGUGCAGGUGGAACGCAUAUUCUUACCUAUGCGCCGAGAAUUGAAUUCCCUUUAUCAUUUCCAUUUAAUUUUGCUCAGUUUACUGGAGAAAAUACGUUUUUGUUGCCAUCAUUACUACAGCUUGACUUGGGCAAAUGAAGUUAUCAUCUUUUUCAUUGUAUAUCAUUGCGCAUAAUGAACCAAUUUCUGUAAUGUGCAUAUUGGCUGAUUGGUGGUGAUGGUGCAUACAUCAAAAGGAAUACAAAUGGUUCUUCACAGGCUCCAGUGACCCCAGAGUGCCUGGAGUAACGUUAAACUUAUUUUGACUUGUAAAUGGAGGAAAUGUGACAUGGAGGUUAUAGAAUAAGGGCAUAUAUGCAUCUUCCAACUCUUGUUUUGACAUAGUACUGCCUUCUUUCAAAGGAACAUUUUAUCUCUCUCUUUUUUUCCCUGGCAUGUUUCACCUUCCACUAGUUAUUCAUUCAACUUCUCCCUAAGAGAUGAAUUAUUAUUCAGGUACAUAUCCACUGGCAAGCCCCGGGGGAGUUAAUCUCUUGCUCUUUGCUGCAUUUAUGUGAGCACAUCUAGUUUAUAAGUCAGCUCUGAUGAAAUGACUGUGGGGAAAACUGAUGUAAAUAAACUUUUAAAUAUAUAUAUGUUAUAUGGAAGUUAUUAGGAAACACAGUUAUCCCCUGAUUGUUCCAAAAAGUUUUUUUUUUAAAGAAAUGUUGCUGGAUAACUUUGUGUUCAUAAAUGUAUAUUGGGUUGAUGACCUAGAAUUAGUAGAGCUGAGCCUGCUGCAGGUAAUUUCUGAGACCUUGCAUAGACUUCUCUCUAGGGCAGAGAUGAGGAGUGCAACUCCCAUCCUUCUGGGCUCAAUGGAGUUGGAGUCUCACAGCACCUGGAAGGCCACAGGUCCCAUGUCCCAUAUCAGUUCCACAGGCGUUCGGUAAUGAGUCUGCUUCAUCCUGCUUGAGAUCUAUAGAAGGAGCUUCUGUGUAGCUGCAGAAAAGCCCUCUAAACACAAGUCUUGGUUUGUUUUUACUUAUUUUAUUUAACAAAUUUUAUAUAUUGCUUGAUUGUAAGUAGAACCUCUAAGAGGUCUACAAACAGUAGUGUAGUCAGUAUCACAAUGUCAUUCACAAAUAGUGAUGUGAUAAUUACUGAACAGUCGUUCAUUACUUUUCUUUUCGAAGUAAUAAUAAUAAAAGCCAUGUCCCCCUCCUUUCUCAGUGUCCUUGGCCAUACUUUGGAGGAGAUGCUCACCUAGGCACUUCAUCUGCUCUUGUCCCACCCUUUCUCUCAUUUCCAUCUACCACUCAAUGCCUCUCAAUGGGCCACCUGGAAUGAGCAAGGAUUCAUAUGCAAAUCAGCUACAGAAUGUAGAAACAACAGUAAGGACUUGGCCAUGCCUCCUCUUAUCCCACUGCUUUCUCCCAGGGAAAACUGUUCUUUAGUGAUCAGUCAGAGCAAACAGCAAUUCCAGUUUUCCCCAGAUUGCCAUUUGUUCUGAUCUAUCGCUAAAGAGCGGGUUUGAGAGGGGGAAACUGCUCGGACCCAUAUCUAGAAAGCGUGGCUCAAGCAGAAAACUGCUUGGACCUGUGCUUUCUAGGCUCGGCACAAACAGAAAUGUGGGUGAGCCCAAAGACUUCAACUCAAUGAGAAUGAAGGUGAAUGCAGAGGCAAGAGAUAGUAGGAGGAAAACAAUGGGGUCAGGGAGAGAGAAAAUAUUAAGGAUGCAUUUGCAUGCCUUCUCAGAGGUAGUAACUACAUCAUGCAAGUCAGUAAGUGGUAUGUUACAUAGCUGGACAUAUUCAUGACAGGAAAAUGGUUGUCUAAUUCCAGGCUCUUGUUUUCAAGGUCAUGUACAACUUCUUGUUUUGACUUGCCUUUAUGUUUCCAUUGCUGUGUCUUUUAUUAUUUUACAUUUGGGCGAGCAGAAGAAACUAAGAGCUUGUUGCAGUCGAGCCCUGCUUUAGUCUUUACAUAAGCAUCUGCUUAGCCUCUGUGAGAACAGAAUGCUGGACUAGACAGCCCUUUGCUCUGAUUCAGCAGGGCCCUUUGUACAUUCGUAACCAUGUCAUGCAUUCAUUCACUUUGGCUAUAAUGCUUACAGCACUAACAGCCUUUAAGUAUUGUCUGGUGUUUUUGUUUUAUUUUUUUUCUGAACAGAGCUACAAUGAACCUGUGGAUGUUAAGGUAUCCCAGCAACCUCAGAUGAUGAACACAAAGCAGUCAGUAUUCCAUGGAUCUACACAGCCUCAUUCGGCAUUGUAUCUAAGUUCCCAUUACCAUCAACAAGGAGGAAUGAAUCCUCACAUAACAGCCAUACAUCCCAAUAUUCCUAGGAAUAUAGCACCUAAGCCUAACAGCCAAAUGCCAGUGACUGUUUCCAUAGCCAAUAUGGCUGUGUCUCCACCUCCAUCCCUUCAGAUGAGUCCUCCUCUUCACCCGCACCUCAGUAUACAACAACACCAGCCACUUACAAUGCAGCAGUCCAUUGGGAACCAGCUACCAAUGCAGGUCCAGUCUGCUUUGCAUUCACCUACAAUGCAACAAGUAAGUCCUACCUGUGUUUUUAAUCUCUGAUGAUACAUUAAUAUUUGUGUUACUUCCCAUUUUUGCAUUGGCUCAGAGUUCCAGGUUUCAUAUUGCAGCUGCGAGUUAUGAUCCCCAGAAAUCUGCUUCUCCCUAUGGAGGAAAACCAGAUGGUUCCUGUUCUCUAACCAUAUAAAAAGUCACACACGUGUAGACAACUUGCAGGCUAGCAUGAGCAAGGCAGAAGCUUAGCUGGUUAUUGUAUGUGAACCUAUCUUCUUCCAAGCUUGUGGCCGCUUUGUAGCCUUGUUGAACACAGGAAGCUGCCUUAGCUUGAGUCAGAUCAUUGGUUUGUCUACCCAAGUAUUGCUCACUGUGACUAGCAGUUCCUUUCCAGACCCUCAGCUGGAGAUGCCAAGAACAGAACCUGGGACUUUCUGCAUGUAAUGCAUGUACCAAAGUCCUGAUGCCCCACAACCAUGCUACUUCCUUUGUGAUAGCAACAAGUGAGCUAGUUCAUUGCAUAGAAGUAGGGAGAUGCCAGGAGGUUCUGCGCUCUUGCUUCCCCUGACCAUUUCUGGUGUGUAUGUGAAUGCUAUUAGAACUUAUGCAAAUGAAGGAGAGAAAUGUUGUGGCAAUUAGAGCUAUAAUUCAUACCAUUAAUCAUUCUGAAUUCCAGUACCGUGUUUUAUUCUUUUUAUUCAUCAACAACACUUAAGAGGAGUCUUCCCCUAAGCUUACAGCUCCCAUAUCUCUGACCAUUGGCUGUGCAAGCUGGGCCUGAUGGCAGCUGAAAUUCAAAACUUCUGGAAAGCACCCAGUCAGGGGGAAAUGCAUAGUAAAGUUCAGAUGGGCCUUAUUCUACAUUGUGUUAUUUCAACUAGAAUAUCAAAGUACUUGUUCCUCGGCCCCAAAAUGAAAGAACUCCAUUAUUUUCACUUGAUAUUCUCUUAGUCUUUUCUUUCUGAUAUACUUUUUUUUUAACAUUAAAACACAGGUUAUAAGAGGCAUACCAUCAAUUUAUAUUGCAGUAUGAAAUCAGUAGCAUCUUGUUUGUGGACUUUUGUGACCCUGCCCUCAGUGCUAGGCAUUAUUCAGAUGUUUUCAUUUAGUGUGCACUCAGGUGACCAGAGCUUUUUCCUAAGCGGUGUCAGUUAAUUUAGAUUCUCAAUAUAUGAAGGUUCCCCCAAUUAUUUCCUCCCAAUGUGCUUUAACUUAUAUAUGUUAUAAUGAACCCAUUAUGUUGCUCAUUCACUUAGAUUCAUUGCCCCUCUCAGAAGUUUCUCACAGGUCACCUGUCAGAUAUUACCUUCUAAAUCAUGAGCUUCAUUAGAAAAAUGCAACCUAAAUGAAGUCUAGCUAAAUUAGUCACAUUUCUUUUGAUUUUUCAUAGGCUAACAAGACAUUUAUACAGGAAUUUUGUGUUCACACUGAAAACAAAAAGCACUACAAUUCUUUUUUUAUAAAAAACAACAACACACCAUACCAUUUCCCCACAUCUUCUAGAGAAUUUGGUAACAGAAACAUUGUUGCCAUUAUGUGUGUAACUGUCUGGUUUUUGGUAACACAGAUACUCCUAAAAUGAGUGAUAGAUACUCAUAAAAUGAAUCAACAGUCCCAAUGAAAUUCCAUUGCUGUUUUCAAUAAAACAGAACAAAAGUCGUGUAUAGGGAACCCAAAGUCUACCUACUGAAUGUCUACUGUGUGUUUGCAAAGAUUUGCAAGCACUCUGGUUAACUUCCUAGAAUAUUGAAGUUCAUGGAUCUGACUAUGAGCCAACUCCCUUCUCACCCAUCCCAGUAAGACCAAACUGCCUACCUGCCCUGUGAAAGACUUCUUUCAUACAGCUUUUUGUCAUUUAUUACAUGAGUGGUAACUAUCACAUACCUCUACCCUCAUAGUGCUAGUAUGCUGUUCAUUCUCCUGUUCUGUCACACCAGCCUUCCCCAAGCUGGUGACCUCUGGAUGUUUUGGUCCAUAACUUCCACCAUUAGCCUCAGCCAGCUUGGUCAGGGAUGAGGGAACUUGUAGUUCCACACCAUGCAGAGGUCACCAGCUUGGGGAAGGCUGUGUUGAACUAGAGAUAGAAGUACUGAUCUACUAAGCUGUUGUUUUUCUAUGUUACCAUGAUAGAAGGCCUACAAUUCCAUUCUUUAUUUUUAUCACCUCCGUUGCAAUGUGAUCACAUGGGUGGCCUUUUCAGACAUUGCAGCUUCACUUCUUCCGAUCUGUUUUUAUCCCGUCAGUUCUCGGGCAUGCUGCAUUUUCACGACUCUUUAUUUCCCCUGCCCUCCAUUUCCCCCCACGUACCAUGUUUCUGAAUGUGGCUAACAGGCAUGGGGAGAGGGAAUCAUUAAUAUCUGUCAACUGUCCUUAUAACCUUAAGGGAAAAUCUUUGUAUGAUAUCACACAGACAUAUUUUCAAUUUCCUUGUGUAAUAAACAGAUGCUUUAGGAUUUGGAUGCAAUUUAAAGGUUUAAAAAACAUCACAUUGAGAUUGAUGAAUAAAUCAGUUGUGAAGACAAAAACAUUGAUGCCUGUUGAAAAUACCUCUCCAGACAGGCAGGAAAUGAAAUUAGUUCCCGGUAAAGUGUAGAGAUGAGGAUCGCACUUUAGGUUCUGCUGCAGGCUUUUUAGUACUUGCUACAGUCGCACACAAAACCCCCAGCUAGGGAUACAGAAAUCUAAUUAAAGAGCAAAUGUCCCGUCUGACAUCAAAUUAAUCUUUAUCAAGUCCCCUAUUUUUAUUUCAAUCUGGUGCAAGAAAAUGAAACUUAAAAUUCGAGGCAUGUUGCAAAACAGUUGCUGAUUUUAUCUUGAGCAUUACAAAGCAAAACAUUUGGCAUUGUCUCAUUAGCCCACAGAGCAUCCAUUUUCUGAUAUUUUUUAUUGCAUUGUUGUUUGCAAAACCCUUACAUGAAAUUCUAUUUAAGCCAUUCUGCAUCAGAGUGGCACAAGCGUCCAGUGAAUAUUAUAGACUGCUUGAAACAGUAGCCAAGAAAUUUGGCCUUUUGUUAGCUUUGCAAUUCUAAAAUUCUUCAGUUAUAUUUUGUUAGCUUUGGCUUAAACCUUUUCAGCAAAUAUUAGAACAGCAACAUGAUUUCCUGGGUUGUGGGAAGCUCCUACAUCUGUUCUGUUGGCUUGUAACAGGGGAGAAGGGAGCCUUCAUUAAUAAGGAAUCCUGAUAACCCAAGGUUCAAAGAACUAUUAAUUAUGGUAUGACAUAUUUUGUUCCUUGUUGUUUUCAAUCAGUAUCCAUAACUGUGACUGCUUUUGUACAUAGGAAAAACAAACGAAAGUAAGAGCCAUUAGUCGAAAUUCAAGAAAAGCCACUAAUCAGAGCUGACAGUUCCAAUAUAAGCCUCAAAUUAGACAGUUCCAAAGCACUUCCAAUAUAAACAUCAAAUCACACACUUGACAGCUGAAGGAGCUAUACUAUACGAAAUAUAGGCUCCAUUUGCAUUGUCAGCUUUAGUACAUGCUUUGACUUAAGAAUACUAAAAUCACAAUUUAGUGAGACAGUUGUUGUUUGUCUGAGGGUUGAAGCUUAUAGAUGAGCAUGUAGAAGCUUGUAGACGAGUCAACAAAGCAGGCACAGCAUAGUAUUCUGAUUUAGACUGUAUCUUCUGCAUGUGUAACCCCUAAUUGAAAUUGGGGAUUUAUUUUGAAGUAAGGAAUCAUUGGAUCAGGUUACUAGUCCAUUUGACUUCAUUUGUAGCCUUGGACAAAGUAUUCCAUACACUUGGUUCCAUAGGGUCACUGGAGAAUAGUUUAAAACUGAUUUUUUUUUUUUAAAAAAGGGUUUUCAAUUGACCCAUAAUGUUGGCUUUGCCUUAACUGCCUGAACACUUGGUUUUAUUUCAUUUAUCUAAAAUAUUUCAUUUAUCUAAAAUGUCACUAGUGCCCAUGUCCUGUGAACUAGUGACAUUUUAGAAAAAGCGAGCAAAGGGUGUUUUUUCCUGGACUAUGGGCAAUCAUGGGGAAGUACUGGUGCUUUGGGGGAAAGGCAAGUGUUGCAAUUAGAUUACCGUAUUUUUCGCUCUAUAAGACGCACCAGACCACAAGACGCACCUAGUUUUUGGAGGAGGAAAACAAGAAAAAAAAAUAUUCUGAAUCUCAGAAGCCAGAACAGCAAGAGGGAUUGCUGCACAGUGAAAGCAGCAAUCCGUCUUGCUGUUCUGGCUUCUGGGAUAGCUGCGCAGCCUGCAUUCGCUCCAUAAGACGCACACACAUCUCCCCUUACUUUUUAGGAGGGAAAAAGUGAGUCUUAUAGAGCAAAAAAUACGGUAUAUGUGCAGAGGCCUCUGCUUGGCUGUUGUGGGAAACAGGGUUCUGGACCAGCAAGGAUCUGUUGGUCUCACCAUAAGCUUAAAAGAUGGAGAAAAUAGAGGCUAGAGAGAGAAGGCGUAUCUAUAGGUCAUUAGGAUUGGAGGAGCUUCCAUGUACUUGGUUGAGGCCAUAGCCCUCCACCCCAAAGCCUAAAAAAUAAUCCUUUAGAGACAAUGCUUAGCUCUGCCUGAGCAGUACUUAGUGCUCAGGGUUUAGACAUAAACGGAAAGCAUUUUUUUGUGUAUGUGAAGAAUCUCAUUUUACAUUUUGAAUUGCAAGAGGACUUCUCAGACAAAUUACAUUCAAUUUGCAAGACAUUAGUGCGUUAUGAGAUAGGCAGAUUUGUAUUCUGAAAACUUCAGAAACAUAGUUUUCCGAGACCCACUUCAGAUAGCAAUCUCAAAGACUGGUCAAAUGGAAAAUCUGGUUAACAGCUAUGGCAUUUCCUGAAUAUAGAUAAUGUAGUCACAGUGACUCAUGCUCUGGUAACCUUCCAUCUGGAUUACUGUAAUGUGUUUUACAUGGGGAUAUCAUUAAAAAAUGACCUGAAAACUUCAAUUAGGGCAGAAUACGUCUGGCAGAGUGUGGUCUGUGACAACCACAAGGGACCAUGUAACACCAAUACUGAAAGAUCUUUAUUGCCUGCCUAUACGUUUCUGAGCUGAUUUUAAGCUGCUGGUGCUAACAUGUAGAGCUGUAAAUGCAUUGGAACCCAAAUAUAUGAAGGCAUGUUUCUCCCUCUAUCAGCCUCCUUUAUCAGGUGCCACCAUUAGAGUCCCACCAAAGGAAGAUACACCAUGUGGUGACAUGAGAUAGGGCCUUUUCUGUGGUGGUUGUGAAAUACCCUCUUCCUGGAAGCACAACGGGUGCUGAUUUUGUUAGCAUUCCAGUGCCAUGUAAACAUAUAUCUGUUUCACAAAUCCUUUCAGGCAUUUUAGUCUGGCACUGCAGUGAAAAGGACCGUAGCUCAGUGGUAGAACAUCUGUUUUGUAUGCAGGUGGUCCCUGAUUCAGUUCCCAGCAUCUGCAGGUAGGGCUGAGAAAGACUCCGUAUCUGAAACCCUUGAGAGCCACUGCCACCCAGGUCAGACAGAAUGGCAGCUUUUAAUGAGAUGUUCUUUGAGGUUUUCUGUUAUGCUGGUUUUAUCAUUGCUUUUAUCUGCUCUUUUCACUUUCUGUUUUAUUGACUGUGAUUUUAACUGAAGCAUAACCUGCCUUAAGAUCAUUGGAUGAAGGGUGGGACUAAAAUAUUUUAAAUAAAUAAAUAGCCAUAAUGUUACUUUGACUUUAGUGCCAGUGAACUAUUUAAGAGAGAAUUUGCUCAAGGGAAGUGAGGAUCUGUGAAAUGGGAGUGCUAGUUCUCAGCAAUGGUUUCUGAAUAUCGCUUAGGAGCCACAGUUACAUCUGCACCAAUCCUAUAUUUUAGGUAGCAACAUUAGAUUUCAUCUUAUGGUAGAAAAGUGGAUCCAAGUUUGUUAAUAAUGAACUCCUCUUUAUUUUUUAAAUAUUUAUUAUUACAUGUAUAUUUCAACUUUGUCUCCAAGGAUCUCAAAGUGCUGCAAAUAAUUCUUCCCUUUCUCAAUUUAUACUCACAACCACCCUAUGAGGUAGGCUAGGGUGAGAGACAGUGAAUGACCCAAGGUCACCCAGUGGGAAUUUGUGCCCUGGUCUACCAUCUACUCUAACUACUACAUCAAGCAGACUUAAAUAAUGGGAUUUCAAAAGAAAAAGCAAGAGUGUUCUAACAACUCUCCAUUUAUAUGUUAACCUCUUGGUUUGAACUAGGCAUUUAUUGUAUUUGCCAAAUGCAAACAAGGGUCAUAAAAUGUACCAUUUCAACCAGAUAGGUUCUACGUAGCAAAAUGAAACCUUUAUUUUAGUUAGUGUACCUCCUUCUGAUGUCACCGGGAGGUUCAUCUCUGUUCUCUUCUAGUCAAAAUUGGUGGGUGUAUAAUAGUGUUUCUGCACAAAAAGUGCUUCUAACCUUUCAGCAAUGCUCUCUGUAUAUUUAAGCUAAAUCCUGUACUGCAAAUCAAUGCAUACCAUUCUUGAAAAUCUGAUCUACUCUCCUGAUUUUGGCAAACAGCAUUUAGGCAUUCUCACUCUUGGCUGAAAACAACAGCAAGUUGGGGUUUUAUGCUGCUUUUGCUACAUUAGUCCAACAACUGUUAAAAAGCCUUAGCUGAAUUUUUGUGUAGUUGAGAAAGAAGUGCAAAUAAAAGAAGGAGCAGAUGGUCCUUUUGUGACUGAACCAAAUAAAAGGGGUUUGAGAACAAUAAUUGUGAAUAGGUGUAGUCUAAUAAAACACUCAGCCACCUGCUGCCUGCAUCCUUCAAAAAGAUUCUGUUGCAUAUUCUUGGAAUUAACUAAUAGUGUAUCCUUGGGUUGAAUCGAAAUACGAGCUGUAAGAAACACACAGACCUUUCUUUUAUUUUCCCGUGUUGAAUGAGUUGUUUUUCAUGGCUUUAAAAUGUCUCUGUUCUUUGUCUCCGAGUUCUACACUAUUGCAGUGUGUUAUCUAGCAUUUCUUCUCAACCAAUUAAAAAAAAUGUGUGUGGUUUUUUUUCCCUUUUGGAAAAGCACAAGCAUCCUUCUAUUUCCUUUUCUUUUUUUUCAAGUUUGAAAAUGUAGAAGUACAACAUUGGUACUUUGUCAGAACUUUCAGUUAAGAGGUUAACUUCGAUCUGCAAACCUUAUUUUGAAUUCUCCCCCCCCCCUUUUUUUUUAGGGUUUUACUCUCCAGCCUGAUUACCAGAAUAUUAUCAACCCAACAUCUACAGCUGCGCAAGUUGUUACCCAAGCGAUGGAGUAUGUUCGUUCAGGGUGCAGAAAUCCCCCAGCACAGAGUGUGGACUGGAAUAAUGAUUACUGCAGUAAUGGGUGAGCAGCCAGUGAAUGCCACCUUGUGUUGAGUAAUAUUUAUGACAAAAGCUGGGCAACAAUUGUGGCAUCUAUUUUUAUAUUUAUCAUCUAGCUCAGAUUACAGGGUUCUGAUACCUUUGGUUACUAACAGAUGUCUAGUGAAAAUAAUAAUAAACAAGCAGUGGCUUGCUUUACAUCAGACCAAUAUAUUUUACUAUUAGGGAGACUGUUAUUUAAGAGAACAAGGGCUGCAGUACUGCACAUAAUUAAUUGCAAAUAAGACUCGCCCUCCACUGAAAUCAAUGAGAGAAAUGGAAAAUUGUGUCCAACCACUUACAGUAAACAGAAGAGAAUAUUACCUUGAUAGCCAUAUACUUGUUGGCAGCUGUCUGUCUCGGGAGACAAUGAAGGAGUGCACAUUUGGGGAAUGAAGUCAACCUGCUGGAAGGUUACAGUGGCUGUAGAAACCAAUAUGAGAGAGACAUGUUUUGUUGCAGCUGGGGCAGAUGAAGGCACCCAGUUGUACUGCUGCAGAUGCACCAUGGCGUUUCUUCUCUCUGCACUUCUCCUAGUGGUCGCAGACUACAUACUCCUUAUCCAAUACAGUGGUACCUCGGGUUAAGAACGUAAUUCAUUCUGGAGAUCCGUUCUUAACCUGAAACUGUUCUUAACCUGAGAUACCACUUUAGCUAAUGGGGCCUCCUGUUGCCGCCACGCCGCCACCACGUGAUUUCUGUUCUCAUCCUGAAGUAAAGUUCUUAACCUGAGGUACUAUUUCUGGGUUUGCGGAGUCUGUAACCUGAAGCGUCUGUAACCCGAGGUACCACUGUAAAUGAAGAUCUACAAAUUUGGUGGGGUUCAUGGCCCUUUCCUCCUCACAGCAGCCAUCCCUGACUCUGUACCCCAUCGCUUCUAAAGUGAUAGGGUUCUGGGAUAUUGGUCAACUUGCUUAACUAAGGAAAAAUAUUAAACAUGUCUAAUACAGGGAUGGGGAAGCUGUAGCCCUCUAGAUGUUGUUGGACGCUCUUAUCUGCCAAAUGCAGACCAGGGUGCUUUUCCCAUCAACCCCAGACAGGAUGGCCAUUGGUCAGGGGUGAUGGCGAUGAUAGUCCAAACAACAUGUGGAGGGCCAGAGUUUCCCCAGCAUUAGAAACAGCAUGUGCUUUUCUGUUUUCAUGUGCACAGCCAAGCAAAGAUGCUUUGUGUCCAGAGCAUUUAUGUUCAAAGACUUCUGGUGGGAAGGGGCAAUCAGACAGGCUGGUUUAUAAAGGGGCACAGGCUUACGCUCUGCUGGGCUGAGGUGCUCCCUGGAGCCUUGGCUAGAAUUGCAUGCCUGUCUUUGGCCCAAAACUGGGGGACUUUGAAGAGGAGAAGAGGAAGAGUUUGGAUUUGAUAUCCUGCCUUUCACUCCCCUUCAGGAGUCUCAAAGCGGCUAACAUUCUCCUUUCCCUUCCUCCCCCACAACAAACACUCUGUGAGUGAGUGGGGCCCAAGGUCACCCAGCAGCUGCAUGUGGAGGAGCGGAGACGCGAACCCGGUUCCCCAGAUUACGAGACUACCGCUCUUAACCACUACACCACACUUUGCUAACACUUCUGGCCUGCUUAAGAUAUCAAAACACUGAUCUCAAGGCUUAACAUGUGGUUUUGAAUGUCAACAUUAAAUGUAAUUUUCUUUUCUCUCCCCCUCCCCCAAAUUCUUUCUGAACAGGGCCAUGCAGAGGGACAAAGCUUUGUACCUUACCUGA